AUGAGACAGGUGUUAAAAGGAGACCUGCUAGAAACUCAGUCUGAGCUGGGUAUCCUGCGUCAAAGACUUACAGACGUGGAGUCCAAGGAUGGAGCCAGGGUAAAGGGUGCAGACCGCUCAAAACGAGAUCCAGGACCUCGCUCAACAAGUCCAAAAACUUACCAGGACUGUGACGGUGAUGAAAUCACGGUAUAGAAGGAAGAAUAUCCACCGAGAUUGCAGACCCCGAGAUUGUCACUUCGGCAUUCCGGAUCCUCAAAGCCAUGUCUGCGCAAGCUGAAGAACCAAGAGACAUCAUCGCAGUGAUGAAAGACAUUGCAGAGUGGUCUGCUAUAAUGUCCUGCUCAAGAGAGCUUGGUAGUGUCCAAAUUGAGGACCACACUGUAGCAAUCUAUGGAAAUCUCCCAUUUGCUGUGCUGGCGGCAAAGAGGCAGCUAGCACCAGUCGCAUGACGGCUGUGGGAGGCAGUAAUUAAGUAGAGGUGGGGGUUGGACAGAUCACUAAUGGUUCAGCAGGGAAAUGAAACACUCACCUUACACUCCACUGGGGACCAGGCGACCUUUCUUCAGCGCCUACACUUGCCAGACACAGACUCAAAGUGGGCCCAUAAAGGAAGGACCAGCGCAAAACACUGACUCAAAAUACACCUCAGGCACAUGUAGUAGUAGUACUGACUAUCCCAAGCCCGCUUCCAUUAGUAACGCCACAGGAGGUUUUUACAUUUGUUUAAUACAACACGUGUCACGCUAGCUAGGGAGAACAUAGUAAUUCUUCACUAGGUGCUCUACUUUGUGUUUUACUCCUUUUUGUGGUUUGCUUUACGUUCCUUAGUUUCAAUAUCAGUUUCUUUUUAUUUACCAUUUAAUGGAGUGAUGUAAUCAUACCCAGGAGCAGAUUACACUUGUUUAUGACAGCUGAUGCCACAGGUCUUUCAAAUAAGGCACACCCUCAUGUAGUGCUUAAAGUUGCUGUAAUUAAUAGAUUGCCUCAUGUAUGACUUUGUAAAAUCAUUGCUUUACCAUCUUCUUACUCUCAUACUACAAUACAGUUGUGUUUUGUGCGUGCAAAAUCCAAUAAUAUACAAACUGGAAAAAAAAUAUGAGACAAUUACAAAAUGAUACAGGAACAAUAGGUAGAUGAGGACCCAGCUCAAACAAGCUUACAGUCUAGAGGAGUGGAUUAUAAAGACACAGUAGGAAUGGCAUCCAAGGGGACAGCAAACAAGGUGGAAAAGUAUCAGAACUGUUGCGAGUGGAGUUUAGCUUUUUAGGAGAGAACAAGAGAGAGAUAUGUGACAUAGAUGUUACUCUGGCAACUCAUAAGCAUUUCAGAACAGAUGUGUUUUGAGGGACUUCUUAAGUGAUUGAAGGCUUGGAGAGAGUCUGAUGGGGCAGACAGACUGUUCCAAAGGAAAGCAACUGCCCAUGAAAAGUCCCGCAAGUGCAAAUUGGCAGUAAGGGUGCGAGCAGCUCACAGGAGAAUAUCACAGGCUGAGCUGAGAGACAGAGAAGGGGCAUACCUACGAAUCAGUGAAGAAAUGUAAUAGGGGCAAGAGGUGUUUAGAAGUUUAUAGGUAAGGGUUAAUAUUUUAAAUUGACUACCUACCAAGAAGCCAGUGUAAGGAUCGACAGACCAACUAGAAAAGAAUUACAGUAAUCCAUGCAACAGAUUACCAGAGCAUGAACAAGCUCUUUGGCAGCAUCCUGCGUAUGCGGGCAAUGUUUUUAAGGUAGAAUGACAAUGCUAGAUCAUUACACAAUUAUAUAUUACUCUUGAAGUAUUAUAACUAUAGAAAAUAGUUUCUAAUCUUAAAAUGAAAAUUAUAGUUAAUCAGUGCAAAUGUGCACAUAAAGCAUGUGUUAAACUGAGUAUAUAUACAUUUUUAUUAAUUAUAUGCUUUUCUCUUCUUCAGAUUUUAAUCCCCAUUUCUCUAUAUGUCUCUAUUGAAUUAGUAAAGUUGGGUCAAAUUUUCUUUGUGCAUAAUGACCUUGAUUUAUAUGAUGAAGAUAUUGACCUACCUGUUCAGUGCCGGGCACUAAACAUCACAGAGGAUCUUGGACAAAUUCAGUAUAUCUUCUCAGACAAAACAGGAACAUUGACUGAAAAUAAAAUGGUAUUUCGAAGGUGUACCAUUGUAGGGAAUGAGUUUUCUCAUCAAGAAAAUGGUAAGUGCCAAAAAAGCAUACAGUACUUGAUGCAGAUAUAUGGCUGUAUUUAGUAAACAGAUAUCUAAUAUGGCUUGUAAAAAGUAGCUAUUUACAUAGGUUACUAGGGUAGUCAUUAGGCAAGUUAUCAAUGGAGUCUGUGUAUUUAAAGCACAUUAGUCCCCUUAUCUAGUUUUCAUAAAUAUAUUUAUCAUUACAGAUGAUGAUUUUUGUUACAAAAUAUAAACCAGAAGAUGCACUGCACUGUCAUGUUUUCCUUCCUCCCUGUGACUGAUGAUUAUGCUUCCCUUAUUGUCACUUGCCUUUUUGGAUAUAUCUAUUAUCUUUUCUUCCUGUAUCUUGUCCUCAAACUCUGGGUGCUGUCAUUUUGUAUUCCUUUGUGUGUACUGCUUUUACUGAUUAUGGUUAUAUUAAAUUGUCAGCUGAAGCAGAAAAUAGCUGAAGCUACAACCAUUGUCAGGUUUUGCCAAUUUGAAUGUCAUACUUAAGUAAAAGAAAAAUGUUUCCACAUUCAAACCUUUUCCUUAUGUUUUUUUUUUUUUUUAAAGUAGCAAAAAUAAAAUGAAAUUGAGACACUGGGAGCUGUAUAGUAGCAGAUAUAUUAGAUAUAUUUGGUGACAGAUAAGCUUUAUCUCUUCUUCUCAUACUUACAUCUAUGGGGAAAUUGCUAUCCAGUUACUUAAGAAAUGCUUAUCUAUUUUAAAGCAAUCUAAUCCUCAGAAAGAGAAAGAAGAAAUCUGUGGAAAGAAACUAGAUGUGCUGCUCUAAAAAUGAAUAAAUAUUGGAAUUUGUGAGACCCCAUGAUUUAAUUAGAGAUAGAUUAUAGGCUCUUUCACAUUAAGAAAAACAGUUGGAUUUCUCUAACAUUAAUAAAUUAUUAAAACAGACAGAUGGGUAAGCGCUUCUACAGUUUGAUGGAAGAAGAAUUUGUGGGCAGCAACACAACCUCACCAGGAGUCUAUAUCUGUCCACAAAUGUAAAUAACAUGCAAGAAGGAUGGGUGUUAAACCUUGGAAUGUCAGAGAGGAUAUGGAAAAUAAAAAAAUAAAUCAAAAGCGUGAUACGUUUAGAUAAUAGAGUUAUCUAAAUUUGGUAAAGGUGCUUACACUCUUUAGAGCUUUGUAUGGGCCUGAGCAUUACCGCCUAGGUCGCCCUUUCCAGUUGUGAUCAGCUCCAGAGUGACUAUAACUUCUUGCACAGGUUAUCACGGUAUCACCCAAACACUAGUCGAGACUUAGUGAAGGGUGAAGAAGACUGGUUUUAUUAUGGCCAGAUGACCCAUUUAUAUACACAGCAAGGGUACAGGAAACCACGCCCAGAACACUCCCACAACCUGCCCACGAAUCUCUUGUGUCAGCAAGACUAAGCAUAAAAAUAUAAAACAUCAAAAACACAUAUAAAACAUAGGAACCCCCACAUGCCAUACAUCCCCAGAAAGGUCUUCCUAGGGUGCACAUUGUGUCCUAAAAGCGAUCCGGCACAGAGUUCCAGCAGGCUGAAUAAGAUUUCCCAGUCAUGUCCACUAUACCUCAAUGGCUAGGGAAGGCUGUUAGCAAGACGUCGAUUGGGUGUCCCGUCACAGUUAGUAAUAGUGGUAAAAGUUUAAUUUGGAACACUGCAGCUUUAAAGAACCAAACCCAAAUCCACCCCUGCAACAAGAAGGCCAUUUAAUUUGGAACACUGCAGCUUUAAAUAACCAACCCCAAAUCUAUCCCUGCAACAAUAAGGUCAUUUAAUUUGAAACACUGCAGCUUUAAAGAUCCAAACCCAAAUCCAUCCCUGCAACAAGAAGAUCAUUUAAUUUGGAGCACUACAGCUUUAAAGAACCAAACCCAAAUCCCCUGCCCCUCUAUUCAGCCCCUGUCCCUUUCCUCAGCCCCUGUCCUCCUACUCAGCCCCUGUUUCCCACUCAGCCCCUGUCCCCUUGCUCAGCUCCUAUCCCCCUUGCUCAGCUCCUGUCCCCCUUCCUCAGCCCCUGUCACCCUUCCUCAGCCCCGGUCCCCCUUCCUCAGCCACUGCCCCCCUCCUCAGCCCCUGUCUACCUUCUCAGCCCCGUCCUUUUCUUCAGCCUUGUCCCUUUCCUCGGCCCCUGUCCUUUUACUCAGCCCCUGUCCCUUUACUCAGCCCCUGUCCCCUUGCUCAGUCCCUGUCCCCCUUCCUCAGCCUCUGUCCCCUUGCUCAGCCCAUGCCCCCCCCCUCAGCCCUAUGUCCCCCCCCCCACCAGUGCGCUGAGGGAAGAAAAGUGCUCGGUGGAUGAAAGAGACAUGCAAAAAGAAUGGGGGGGGGAGACACACAAAGGGACUGGGGAAGAAAUACACAAGGGGGCGUAUAAGAGACACACAAGAUGGUAUAAGACAUAUUAACCCCUUAAGGACACAUGACAUGUGUGACAUGUCAUGAUUCCCUUUUAUUCCAGACGUUUGGUCCUUAAGGGUAUAAGGGGGGAUAAAAUACACUAAAGGUGGUAAGAAAAUCAAAAGGGGGGUUACAAGACACACAGGUGAAGAUGCAUUUUUUAAAGGGGGGUGGCAAAAUGCAUCUUUGCCUGUCUAGCCAAAAAUCCUUGCACUGGCUCUUUUUGGAACACUGCAGCUUUAAAAAACCAAACCCAAAUCUAUCCCUGUUACAAGAAGGCAAUUUAAUUUCACUUGGUUGUGUGUGUGUGUGUGUGAGGGGUCAGUGUGUGUGAGGGGGGCAGUCAGUGUUUUUGUGAGGGGUAUAGUGUGUAUAAGGGGUGUAGUGUGUGUGAGUGUGAAGGGAGUAGUGCAUGUGCAAAAGGGCAGUGCAUGUGUGAGGGGAGCAUCUGUGUGUGUGUGAGGAGGCAAUUAAUGUGAUGAAGCAGUCUGUGUGUGUGUGUGUGUGAGGGGGGCAGGCUGUGUAAGUGUGUCAGGGGGGAGUGUGUGUGUGUGAGGGGUUUAGUGUGUGUGAGGGGAGCAGUGUGUGCGUGGGAGGGGUGUAGUGUGUGUAAGAGGUGUAGUGUGUGUUUGUGUGUGAAGGGUGCAUAGGAUCUAUGCUUUGUGUAGGUGAGUGAGAUGUGAAAAUCUAUCGUAACCUCUCCCUUCUUCUUACCUUGUAUAUCUUGUAUAGACAUAAGACUGCAGGCCCUGGUGGUCCAGUGGUGGCAUUUUCACUUUACCCUGCAGCUCCUCCGGCUGCAGGCUGACUCUCCAGUCCUCCUGCGAGCACAGUAAUGAAGUGUUGCCAUGGUAAUAUGCAGCAAUGCUCUGAGCAGCCUGCUCGCGGGAGGAACACAGCACCUCCCAGGUCCUUCCGUCCCUCUGCUGGAACUAAGUGCCAGUGGGCUGGUGAGUUAUUUCCUCACCAGCCUGAGAGGCUUUACAGCAAGGCUACCUCUGCAUGGGCCGCAAGGGGAGAUGAAAGCCAUUGAGGCACACUGGACAUUUUCGGCAGAACCCACCACCACCCACCUGAAAUCCCAAACUGCAGUCAGCAAUAGGGACCAGGUUGACUGCCCCUAGUGUGCACAAUAUAUGUUUUUGUAUUUGUUUUAUAAAAUAUCCUAGAAUGGGGAUUGUACCACUCCACACUAUUACAGUGGAGCCACAGUCUACUGAAAUAUACAUGUGUGCAUUAUACUUAUAUUAUAAUUACCAUCUACUAUUACUAGCAAUGUACAAUAAAGAGGAAUUUUGUGUUUACUUCCAUCUCAUAUGCUGUUAAAUAUACCAAUUAUAAGAAGAGAAGCUCCCUCAUAUCCUCAAGUGGGGAUUAUACCUUUUACAACAGGCUAUAAGAGCUGAUACACAGCUCUAAAGAGUUUAAUUGCACAGGUGGCACGCCAGGCCCUCUCUGUUGGCACGCGGCCAUGGGUCGCCGGGAGAGGGGGCCGCUGGCUGUCUGCAGAGUAGGCACCUGUCUGCCCGAAACGGCAGGCGCCUACUCUGCUUCCGGGUCGGGAGGCAGGGGGAGGGCUCUAGGAAGCAGCUCUCUUAUCCUCCUGCGAGCAAGCUGUGUGGAGCGUUGCCGCGCAUUACCAUGGCAACACUCCACACAGCACCAUGGCAACACUCCACACAGAGGAUGCUUCCUAAAAUACUUACCACCACCAGACCACCAGGGAUGGCUUUGUCCCCCCUCCUUCACCAAAGGUAAGAGGAAGGGAGAGGGGAUACAGAAUUAAUAUAACUUUUUUUAAAUGUAUCUUUACCCCUACCCCACACAGCACAGCACCCUACCCCCCGACACAGCACCCCUACCCCCCGACACAGCACCCCUCCCCAACAGCACCCCCUGCAGCCAACAACACCCCUACCCCCCACAGAACCCCUACCCCCAGAGCACACCCCUACCCCCCACAGCACCCCUACCCCCAGAGCACCCCUCCCCAGCACACCUACCACAGAACCCCUACCACAGAACCCCUACCCCCUACCCCCAGAGCACCGUGCCCCCCAGAGCACCACUCUUACACAGCACCCCUCCCUCCACAGCCACCCUACCCCCACAGCACCCCUACCCCCAAGCACAGCCCUACCCCACACAACCCCUACCCCCACAGCACCCCUACCCCAAGCACAGCACCCCCUACCCCCUACCCCCACAGCAGCCCCCCACACAGCACAGCACACCCCUACCCCCACACAGCACAUCACCCCUACCCCACACAGCACAUCACCCCUACCCCCCACACACACAGCACCCCUACCUGUUUUGGAUCAAAGAAAACUUUGAUAAUUUGUCUAUCUACACCUUCCAAAUUGAUUGAUUAAUGCGUGCACGCUUUCCCUCGAAGUAAUUCACACUGGAGACAACGUUUCUGAUCAGUGAAAAACCAAGGAAUGCUUUAUUCCCCGGAGUGGGGGCUCCUUCUUAAAGCAAAAAUACGUCACAGUUUAAACAUACAGUAUACAUUCUACAAUUGGUUAACAGUCUAAGGGCUCUUGUCUAAACCCCCCCCUUACAGGAUGUAGUGUCAUCAUUACAGACUUCUCCCGCCUAUAUUGGAUACACGAUGGAAGGGGGAGUGAGUAGUUUCUUUCAGUUACUUUAACAGUGAUUCUCCAUUUUGUUACACGUGGCAUAUAGCUGUUAACUGGCACAAAGGAAGUGGGGGAGGAGUUCGUAAAGGAAGCUGUUAACACAGGAAUUUUGCUUACACAAGGUUUGCUUGAUGGGAAGGGGGAUGCUUAGCAGGAUGAAGAAUUUACAUAGGAAACAGCAACUGAACACUUUGUAGGGGGGAAGGGAAUAUUUACUCUAGAAGCCAGUUUUAACAUAGUGAACACAGAAUAAAUAGACAUUAGUAAAUAGCCAUUGUAUUUUAAUUCAUCUGUCCAUAACACUACCCACCACACAUACAGCACCCCCACACACAGUACCCCCCCACACACACACAGCACCCCUCAGACACACACACAGCACUCCACACCCUUACACACAAACACAUACACUACAACCCUCAAUGCAGUAUGCAUGUGUGUAUUCAGCAGUCUGUAUGUGUAUGUAUUCAGCAGACUGUGUGUACUCAGCAGUCUGUGUGUGUGUAUUCAGCAGUCUGUGUGUGUAUAUUCAGCAGUCUCUGUGUGUGUGUACUCAGCAGUCUGUGAGUGUGUGUACUCAGCAGUGUGUGUGUAUUCAGCAGUCUGUGUGUGUGCAUGUGUAUGUAUUCAGCAGAUUGUGUGUAUGUACUCAGCAGUCUGUGAGUGUGUAUACUCAGCAGUCUGUGUGUGUUUAUACUAAGCAGUGUAUGUAUUCAGCAGACUGUGUGUGUGUAUUCAGCAGUGUAUGUAUUCAGCAGUCUGUGUGUGUGUGUGUGUGUAUUCAGCAGUCUGUGUGUGUAUUCAGCAGCCUGUAUGUGUAUUCAGCAGACUGUGUGUAUUCAGCAGUCUGUGUGUACUCAGCAGUCUUUGUGUGUGUAUUCAGCAGUCUGUGUGUGUGUAUGCAGCAGUCUGUGUGGGUGUAUUCAGCAGUCUGUGUGUGUGUGUGUGUGUAUUCAGCAGUCUGUGUGUGUGUGUGUGUGUGUACACAGAGGGUGUCCAACAGGCCCUUAAUGUUUGAUGUUUAAUCCCUGGCCAAGCAGAUUAGGGCCUGUUUGGCCUGUGAGCUGUGAUAGUAAAUUCCAUGAUUUUUUAUUGACUUCCACAGAUAACUCAUUUAGGCUUCAAUUUAAUAUUUUGGAUUUUUUUUUUCCUUCUAAUUAUUUAAUAGUUUUUUUUUAUCAACUUUUAAAAUGAUUUAAUAUUUUCAUCACCAAUCUAGUAAAUCAGCCUUAUGCCUUAUGCAUUAACCCUAUGUACUUAAAGGAACGGUACAGCGUUAGGAAUACAACAAGUAUUCCUAACCCUAUAGUGUUUCUCUUCUCUAUUUAGUUUCUGCUCCUCCCAAACUAAAUUUGGAAAAAAUGGGAUGUAGCGGAGUAGCAGGGGUUAAUCCAAUAGCUCUCCGCUUGGAAGAAAGAUUCAGCAUACAAAAUCACAGGAACACAGCAUAAUCCACCUCCCCAAGGACUAGACGACACAUAGUCAGGGAGUCAACUGAGGUCUUUAUUCACAGGUCUGCUUUUAUGCAUUUUUCCCAUGCAAGGGAGGUAACUUUCAUAAUUACUACAGUAACCAAUCACACAGUGGUCACCUCCCCUACAUCCCCUCCCCUUAGAUUAACAGUUAACAUCAUUAAUAUGCACACAGUUUUCCCCAAUUUGUGGAUGUCCCCUAAAUACAGGGGGUACACAGUUGAAUAAGGGGUCCCCUGGUAGCCCUGAUCUGGGUGAGCAACAUACUCAAAAUUCACCCAGAUCGGACCAGGGGUUCGGGAGUUAUGGCAGGCGAAAGAUUUGACCGACCGCACGGGCACGGGUCAGUCUCUUCUUGUGAAUCAAAAGUCCCGAAAGUCUAUGGCAUCCAGGCUUCAUUUAGCGUUUGGAUCAAUCCCCUCGUUCGUGGGAUUCCACAUACCGAAUGCUGGGGUGUUCACGUGGUUGGUUUGUGCCUUUUGAGCGUGCUGGAGGUCUUAGCGGUACUUGGUUAGUCGAAUGCCCGAUUUGAGUUCCAGGUGUUCGACGACCAAGUACCGCUGUUCGUGCGGAAGAUGGCCGCCGCCACGUGUUUGGUAGGCGAAAUGGCGGCCGCACACAAACUCGCAAUCAGCACGCUUUGCAACAUUGUUGCUUUUGCUAAUAAGAGGCACACGACCACACCGGGGUGGUCCCUCGUUUGGUAGUUUAAGAUAGUUCACAUAAACAAUAGUGCAGUCCAUUCGUGAACCGAGUCUCUGAUGAUUCCUGCCUUUACACACAUACGGCCAUUAUAAUCCCAGCGUUCAUUCGCAUAGAAAAGUCAGUAUCUUAGUGGCAUGGUUUGCCACAAUGCUCCCCCACAACCAAGCCGGCAUACACAGUCUGAUCCCAACGGAUCGGCUUGGGGAUGUCCGGAGGAGUGCUCACAGAUCAUUUUUCCAACUCGGUCUGUCGUGACAACCCGUCGGCGUUACCAUUUUGCUUCCCCGGGCGAUACUGGAUGGUGAAAUUGGCUGUAGUGCCAAGCUCCAGCGUAACAGUCUAGCGUUGUCCCCUGACACCCGGUUUAGCCACACCAACGGGUUGGGAUCUGUGAGCAAGGCAAAUUGUUGUUCAUAUAAAUAGGGCUGCAGCUUCUUGAGGGCCCACACCACCGUCAGGCAUUCUUUCUCGAUGGCGGCAUAGCUUACUUCCCUGGGCAAUAGUUUUGGCUCAAGUAAGCGACCGGGUGUUCACCGCCAUCGGCCCCAACCUGGCUCAGCACUGCUCCCAAUCCAAACAUAGAAGCGUCUGUAUGAACGAGAAAGCGUUUAGUUGGAUCGGGAGCGGCAAGUACAGGUGCAUGAAUUAGGGCAGUUUUCAGUUCUUGGAACUCCAGGUAACUAUCUUGGGCAGGUUCUUCUUGGUAAGGUCUGUAAGGGGCUUGGCUAUGGCACUAUAAUUGGGCACAAAUUUCCGGUAAUAUCCGGCGGUCCCUAGAAAAGCUAGGACCUGGGUUUUAGUGCGGGGGCUCGGCCACUUGGCUACGGCCUCUAUCUUGGCAGGUUCAGGUUUCUGCUGCCCACUUCCUACCCGGUGCCCUAAGUAUUGUACUUCAGCCAUCCCUACAUGGCAUUUGCGGGGUUUCAAAGUUAGGCCUGCCUCCCUGAUGCGAUCGAGGAUGGCUCCUAUAUGGGUUAAAUGCUCGGCUCAGGAGUUGCUAAAUAUCGCUAUAUCAUUUAAGUAGGCGCAAGCAUACUCCUGGGAUCCGUCCAGUAACCGAUCCACCAGCCGGAGCAUUCUUCAUCCCGAAGGGCAUUACCUUAAAUUGGUAUAGCCCAAAUGGGGUGACGAAUGCGGACUUUGGGAUGGCAUCCUCGGCUAGUGGUAUCUGCCAGUACCCCUUGCACAAGUCUAUGGUUGUGAGGUACUGGCCCCUGGCCAUUUUAUCUAUGAGCUCGUCGAUUCGGGGCAUAGGGUAGGCAUCUGAGAUCGUCUUAUCAUUAAGCUUCCGGUAGUCUACGCAGAAGCGGGUGGUUCCGUCCCGCUUCGGCACUAGUACUACCGGAGAUGCCCAUGGGCUAUCCGAGUGUUCUAUCACUCCUAGCUGCAGCAUUUCGUCAAUCUCCUUCCGCAUAUGUUCUCUUACGCACUCUGGUAUGCGGUAGGGGGUUUGACGAAGAGGGUGUUGCCCUGGGGUUUCCACCCUGUGGGUGGCUAGCGGGGUAUAUCCGGGCUGAUUGGAAAAGGUAUCUCCUUUCUCUCUAAUUAGCUCUAGUAUCUGGGCCCAUUCUCUAGGACUCAGCCUAUCUCCCAGCUGUACUUCCCCUAAUUCUGCUUCUGGCCCCCCUUUUUCUAGUAGGUCCGGUAGAGGUAAAUUGUCGGGGUCCUCGGCGGCCGAGGCACAGAUGGCAUUUACUUCUUCGGCCCGUUCGUGAUAGGGUUUUAGCAUAUUGACAUGGAGCAUGCGUUUACCGCCUGCUCCAGUACAUGGGCCAAUUAUAUAUGUGGUGUCACACACUUGUUCCACCACCUUAUAGGGACCCUGCCAGGAGGCCUGCAGUUUGUCAUUCUGGAUGAACUUGAAAACUGCGGUCCCUGGCCCCCCUAUCGUACCACCUGCGCUGUCGUUGUUGGGCGGCCUGGAGAUUGGAUCGUACUGUCUGGAUUAAGGUCUCCAAGUGUUCACUGAACUCUAGCACAUAUGGGACGAUAGGGGUACCAUUACUGGUGACUGUUCCCUCCCAGUGUUCCCUAAUGAGGUCCAAAGGGCCCCGUACUCUCCUUCCGAAUAGUAAUUUGAACGGGGAGAACCCUGUGGACUACUGAGGUACCUCCCUGUAGGCGAAGAGCAGAUGGGGAAGAAACCGUUCCCAGUCCUUCUGAGUAUCCAUGAACGUACGGAGCAUUUGUUUUAGGGUUCCGUUAAAGCGUUCACAGUGCCCAUUGGACUGGGGGUGGUAAGCUGAGUUUACGAUAGGCUUCAACCCACAUGCUCUCCACAACUGGUGGGUAACUUCUGCUGUGAAUUGGGUACCCCAAUCCGAGAUAAUCUCCUUGGGAAACCCCAUUCGGGAGAAUAUUCAGAUCAGGGUGUCCACUAUGGUCUCAGCAUGGAUAUUAGUUAGGGCUACUGCCUUGGGGUACCUAGUAGCGUAGUCUACCACCGUUAAAAUAUACUUUUUCCCGGAAGGGCUGGGUUUUGCUAGGGGUCCGAUUAUAUCUACCGCCACCCUACUGAAUGGCUCAUCUAUUAUGGGAAGGGAAUGCAUUUUUGCCUUGUACCUGUCCCCUCUCUUUCCUACUCUCUGACAUGUAUCACAAGUUUGGCAAUACUGACGGAUAUCUUUGGAGACCCCUGGCCAAAAGAAGUUUUGGGUCAAACGAUGCUUCGUCCUACUGAUGCCUAGAUGUCUUGACAAAGGGAUAUCGUGGGCAAUACGUAAUAGUUCCUGCCUGUACUUUUUAGGGACAACUAAUUUUGUGAUGGUCAUGGGUACUGAUCCUGCUACCACCUUCUCUGCAUACCUAUACAGUAAUCCUUUCUCCCAAGCAUAUCUCUCCCCCUCCAACCCCGCCUGAUUCUGUGUAAUCCUAUCUCGUUAUACUUGUAAGGACGGGUCGGUGGCUACCUCAGUACCAAAUUCUAAGGGGGGAGCCCAUGGGACGAAAGGGGGUGUGGGACUGUUGCUUACCUGAGCCUCAGAGUGUUCGGAGGAUGCGGUGGUGCGAGCCUGCUGCCGGGUUACAACGGGUAGUGCUUCCUGCGCUGGGUGUUGAGAAACAAAAGCUGAGGUCAGCUCCCCCAAGUCGUUACCCAAGAUGACAUCGGCCGGUAAAUCCUGCAUGAGGCCCAAUUCCACGUUCCCUGACCCCGCUCCCCAAUCCAAAUGUACCCUGGCAGUGGGAAUUUUGUAAAUGGCUCCCCCUGCCACACGGACUGCCACGUAUUCUCCAGUGAGCUGGUUCUUUGGGACCAAGUGGUUACGAACCAAAGUUAUGGUGGCCCCAGAGUCGCGCAGACCCUGGAGGCGUUUUCCCUCUACGUUUACCCCUUGUCGAUGUCCUUGUCGGUUGUCUGAAGCUGCCUGUACUGGGUUGACUUCGUGUAGGGUACCCAGAGGUUCCUCAGUGGAUCCAGUCGAGAAGGGUGGUUGUCAGGACUCACUCUGGUAGCAGUGUACGGCUGCCCGGUUAGCAGAGAAAUUGGUUGGACUAUUCCAGACUUUCAUAAGGGGUUCUUGUUCCUGGGACAAUCUCGCUGCAUGUGGCCCUGUUGGUUGCACAUGUGGCACCGGAUAAAGGACCUGUUAUUUCUAUACCUGGGUGCGGGUUGGUAGUUCCCACCACCGGGACGAAGUGUUUGGGUGGUGGUAGUGUGGUUGGGUGGCAACCCCACGGGUGGGCCGUGACUGUGCCUGCUGCGCCCUUCUGGCAUCUUGAUACUCGUCCGCCAAUCUGGCUGCGUCGGUUAGGGUGCGUGGUUUCCGAUCUCUCAGCCAGUUUUGUAAGUCCGGGGUUAACCCCUGAAAAAUUGUUCCAGUAAAAGCAAUUGCAGCAUAUCCUCUACUGUCGUUGCUUGUGCCGCUUGGACCCAUCCCUUGCCGGCCCUGGUUAAGCAGUGUGCCCACUCCAUGUGGGAGUCUCUAUCUGUUUUUCGACUUUCUCUGAACCACUGCCGGUAUGCCUCUGGGGUUUUGGCAUACCUAAUUAGAAUGGCCUGCUUCACUUUCUGGUAGUCCCUGCUGUCCUUGUCUGGCAUCGUGCGGUAGGCUUCAGCUGCCCGGCCGGCUAGUUUGCCCACCAGCAGGGGUACCUGGUCAGUAGUGCUAAUAUCAUGCAAUUGGCAUAGUCUCUCGAAGUCAUGCAAGUAGCCAUCGAUGUCCUCCGUUUCCACAUAGUUUUUAAAAGCAUGGUAAGGAAUUUUAGGCGUCCCUGGUAUUAUGCGGGGUGGGGUUGGGACCCCUCUCUGGACCUCUGGUCUGCUUGCUGCUUUGCCAUUAAAUAUUCAUGGACAUCUGCCAUUAUUCUCUCCACUGUUUCUAUGGGGGGUGUUCCUGGGAAAAACGCCAGCCUGCUUUUGAGUUCUCUUUCAAACUCCGUCUGUGCGAUUUCCAUAGGAGGUGCUGCAGCAGCUGCUCUCCCUCCCUCCAUGAGUUCGGCAAUAAGGAUGGCUUUGGCUUUAUUGCUGGCAAUAAUUCCCUUGCUUCCAAUAGUUCUUUUAGUGUAGCCCGUUUCAAGCGUGUAUAAUCUGUCCCCAUUCACUGUCCGUUCGGGUAUAUUCACAUACCCUCUCCCUUCGGUUCCAUAUGAAUAAGGAUUUCCACGAAUGGCUCAAUCUGCCGAACAACGGUCUGCUGUGUGGUUUGAAUCCCGUCGCUUGCCACCAAUUGUAGAGGAGUAGCAGGGGUUAAUCCAAUAGCUCUCUGCUGGGAAGAAAGAUUCAGCAUACAAAAUCACAGGAACACAGCAUAAUCCACCUCCCCAAGGACUAGACGACACAUAGUCUGGGAGUCAACUGAGGUCUUUAUUCACAGGUCUGCUUUUAUGCAUUUUUCCCAUGCAAGGGAGGUAACUUUCAUAAUUACUACAGUAACCAAUCACACAGUGGUCACCUCCUCUACAUCCCCUCCCCUUAGAUUAACAGUUAACAUCAUUAAUAUGCACACAGUUUUCCCCAAUUUGUGGAUGUCCCCUAAAUACAGGGGGUACACGGUUGAAUAAGGGGUCCCCUGGUAGCCCUGAUCUGGAUGAGCAACAUCAAAAUUCACCCAGAUCGGACCAGGGGUUCGGGAGUUAUGGCAGGCGAAAGAUUUGACCGACCGCACGGGCACAGUAGCUGAAAAUAGUUCCAUGAAUUCUGGCCCUGCGGUCGGUCUCUUCUUGUUAAUCAAAAGUCCUGAAAGUCUAUGGCAUCCAGGCUUCAUUUAGCGUUUGAAUGAAUCCCCUCGUUCGUGGGAUUCCACAUACCGAAUGCUGGGGUGUUCGCAUGGUUGGUUCGUGCCUUUUGAGCUGGAGGUCUUAGCAGUACUUGGUUAGUCGAAAGCCCGAUUUGAGUUCCAGGCGUUCGACGACCAAGUACCGCUGUUCGUGCGGAAGAUGGCCGCCGCCACGUGUUUGGUAGGCGAAAUGGCUGCCGCACACGAACUCACAAUCAGCACGCUUUGCAACAUUGUUGCUUUUGCUAAUAAGAGGCACACGACCACACCGGGGUGGUCCCUCGUAAUUUAAGAGCGUUCACAUAAACAAUAGUGCAGUCCAUUCGUGAACCGAGUCUCUGAUGGUUCCUGCCUUUACACACAUACGGCCAUUAUAAUCCCAGUGUUCAUUCGCAUAGAAAAGUCAGUAUCUUAGUGGCAUGGUUUGCCACAUGGGAAAAAGAUUUUUAAUUUACUUUUUUUUUUUUACAGCUCUGGGAAUCACUUAGUGCAGCCAUUCACCUCAUUCAGGAGUAGUGAUGUCCCGAACGGUUCGCCACGAACGGCGAACAUAAACAUAAACUUUGACCCUGUACCUCACAGUCAGCAGACACAUUCCGGCCAAUCAGCAGCAGACCCUCCCUCCCAGACCCUCCCACCUCCUGGACAGCUCACUAAGAAUGCAGCUUCACAAUGAAUGUAAAAUGGAUGCUGUCCAGGAGGUGGGAGGGUCUGGGAGUGAGGGUCUGCUGCUGAUUGGCCGGAAUGUGUCUGCUGACUCUGAGGUACAGGGUCAAAGUUUAUGUUUAUGUUCACCGUUUGGCGAACCGUUCGGCGAACCGUUCGGGACAUCACUAUUCAGGAGGCAUUGCUUCUCCAUCUUCUUGUCGAAACCAGUACUUCUCAUAGAGAAACAUUGAUGGUGAGGAACAGUGGCACUCCUCCAAUUGGAUACUCUCUUUGAGAAGCAUUAAGAGGAGGUUACGUGUGAGAACUGUGUUUGACUCAAUUCUUCCAGUGGAAGCACCUCUAAUGACUGUCAGGAAGGCAGCAACUAGAGGUGUAUGUGGCCCUGCAAUGAAAAGAUUGCUGUAUCUAUUAGAUAGCAGUAUUUCAAAUUGCAGGGCUAAAAUGACAGGGGUGCUGCAUCCAGACAAUUUCAUGAGAUUAAGUGGUCUGCAUGCCCAUAGUGUCCCUUUAUUUCCUAAGCUUCAAAAGAUUUAUAAAACAAAACAAACCUUAGAGUGUGUAUUUCUUUUAUGCAUUAUUUUACACAUAACUGUUAUGAUAUGCACAUAACUGUUAUGAUAUGCACAAUCAUUUAUUAACAGUGGGGACACGUUUUUGUUUUCUUUUGCACUUGUAUCUAAAUGUGCUAUUUAGGUGACCAGCCCCCAUGUCAGCAAGGUAAAAGAUUAGUUUAUCCACCUUUAUUCCAGUGCUGUGUGGGUCUUCUCGCAGCUGGCUCCACUCUCGGCUAAGAUCUUCAAACUUGAUGAUCUCUGUCAAUUUAAUGAUUUCCUAUAGGAAAGCAUUGGGAGGCUAUCACGCAAUUGCGCCAAAACGCUGCACUGCGUCAGUCAGUAUCACCUCAUUGACGUGCAUUACAUCUCUAUAAGGACUGUUAAGUGCCUUCAUGCAAAACGUGGACAUAUUGUGCAGCACUGACGAAAAAGCACGUUGAGUGGCUGUAUGAGUGACUGCCACUAGAGGUGUCAAUAGGCAGUAAUAUAAGCACUGCCUUUUCUUUUAAAGACAGUGUUUACAUGAAAUUGCCUGCAGGGACAGGCUAUAGACAUCAGGACAACUACAUUAAGCUAUUGGUGUUCUGGUGACUGUAGUGUCCCUUUAAAGACUAUUACUCAAACCAUAAUGGUUUUGUACAGGCAAAAAUAUUUUGCUAGUAAUGUUGCUGGGAAUGUUUUAUUUUUCAGGCGGAGUACUUUAAUAUGUUUAUGGUAUACUUUGGUUUUAUACAACUUUUUUAAAUCUAAUGUAGUUUUUACCUUAUAAGAAGGAUUUUUAAAAAAAGAUUGCUAUAGAUUUCUUUUGCCCGUUUAAAAAAUCUGGCCUUGUCUUUUGAAUGUUUUGCCCACUAUGGUCAGUCCACCUGUCAUCACAAUUUCCAGCAUGACUGUAGAGCACCAGAACAUCAAAUAAUUCUCCCUACCUGGCCAACUGCAGAACAAGAGACUCAGGGCAGUCAGUGGAACAGUGGCAAAAUCACACCUGGGGCUUUUUCGGGAACCUAAGUGGGAUCUAGCCUGGGUAGGCCCCUCUAACAAUACCACUGUCUCAAUAUCAAAUAACUGUACUUGCAACAUUUUAUUGCAAAGCAUAAUUAAAAAAAGGAAAUGUUUACACAUUCAGAAAUGAUUUUGAUUCGGGGCGUGUCUUGGCCACCAUCUUGAAUGGCCACCUUCUAGAGAGGCUCCUGGGCCAAGGGGACAAUAAUGUUCCACAAUUGAUACUUUCAGCUUCAAAAUUCUGAAAUUGAGCAUUGCUGCAACUCUAAUUUCAUUCCUGGUGAGGUGUCUUGGAAUGCGCACAAGGCUGUAUUGUGAGGUCAUUUUAUUUCUAGAGUGUCUCACCUGAAGAGAAUGAAUAAUAACAAUCUUAGAACAAUGGAAAAAGAGCUAUACAAUCUGAAUCAGGCAAACAAAUUAAGCCCAUCGACUUCCCUAUCAGCAAUGAUAGGAGAUAUCAAGUAAAAAAUACAGAAAAUGUAUUUAGAACGCACAUCUCUCAUGGCGGGACGCCUUUAGAAAACAUUUUAUUUAAAAGGCAACAGGUCCUCAACUCUUCUGGCCUCUACACUCCGACAUGCGAAGGCCCAGUCAAAAAUAGCAUAUUUAUGAAACGACCAGGGACAAAAAAUAUUUAAUUUAACCAAAAUUAGUGAUCUAUUUAUGGAAUAUUACAGCAAACUUUAUAAUCUAAAAUUAGAUUCAGAACUUUCCCCACCUUCUGAAGUGACAAUUAAUAAAUUUAGAUAAAGUGUCGUUGCCUUGGUUGUCUCCACAUAAUUCAAAAAGCUUAGAGUGUGAUAUAUCAACUGAAGAGAUAGCUGAGGCAAUCAAACUUAAGCCAUUUGGAAAGGCCCCUGGUCCUGAUUGGUUCACCAUUUUAUAUUAUAAAACCUUUUCAGAAAUCUUAAUUCCCCAUAAGACAAAAUUGUUCAACUCCUAUAAGUCCGGGGUGAAGAUGCCUGAGGAGUCCUUGUGCACAGAAAUAGUCACCUUGCCAAAGCCGUGGAAAACUCCUGAUAGGUGUCCUAAUUUUAGGCCCAUUUCUCUGAUAAAUAAUGACUCGAAAAUUUACUCUAAAGUUCUAGCAAACAGGUUAGCUAUAUUAAUCCCCUUAUUAAUUAAUAAUGAUCAAGUGGGUUUUGUACAGGGAAGACAGGCAUGUGAUGGAACUAGGAGAUUUAUUAAUUUGAUUCAGCACAUUAAUUUAACCAAAAUGCCUUCUUUGCUUCUUUCAUUGGAUGCAGAGAAGGCGUUCAACAGAAUACACUGGGGCUACUUAUGGAUAACAUUAAGCAGAUUUAUUAUCCCAUUAUCCUUUGUAAUAAAAGGUGCUAUACAGUGCCCCUAGAGCCCAUGUCUCAGCUUCUGAUUUUAAAUCUCAAACUUUUUCUCUCACUAAUGGGACGAGGCAGGGUUGCCCUUUAUCUCCAAUAUUAUUUGUAUUAGCUAUGGAACCCUUGGCUGAAUUGAUUAGAAUGACCCUAGAAAUUGAAGGAAUAAACAUUAAAAGAUCUGCUCACAAAAUUGGCUUAAUCUUGGCACUUAAAAAUCCAAAAAAAUCCUUAAAAUACCUUAAAGAUAUUUCACUUCGGUUCAGAGAAGUAUCAUACUAUAAAUUAAACAAGUCCAAAACUCAGGCCCUCCCAUUCCACAUAAAUCAUUCAGAAAUAACCACCCUUAAGAGAAUUCCAUUUUUCGAUUGGCGAAAUUAAUAUCUAGAAUACCUAGGCAUUAAUUUGUGCAAAAAAGUAGUAUAUGCAGAUUUAUAAUUUGAGGAAAGCAUUGCUGGACCUACAAAUAGAGAUGGAGAGAUGCUGUGGGAUGGAAUUCUCAUGGCUGGGAAGCAUCACAUCUAUUAAAAUGACAAUUCUUCCAAAAAUCUUGAAUAUUUUUAGGACCAUACCUCUAUCUAUUCCAUUAUCUUUUUUUCAAUAAAAUGCAUUCAGUAAUGUUAAAAUGUAUUUGGAGGAACAAACCUGGCAGGAUAAAACAUACUUCCCUGGAGCACCACAAAUCUAAUGGCGGUAUCGGUGUACUGGAUAUCCGCAAAUAUUAUUUUGCCACUAAUUCUGCAGCGGUCAUGAGUUUUAAUAUUCAAUUUAAUAAACCAAGAUGGAUGGAAAUAGAAGAGUCAAAAAUUCUCCCAUUUAGACUUAACGGGAUUACCUUGGUUGUGUCCUAAAAAAAGGCCUGGAGUAACUAAAUUAUUUUCAUCAACAAAAACCACUCUUAAGGCCUGGGAUAUCGUUUUUAAAAAUAAUAACCACACUGUGAGAGUGUAUAGACCGAUGCCAAUGGAAUUGUUGAAAGAUCAUAUACCUUUUUUGAAUCUAGAUUAAUUGAAAGAAUACGCUAUAACAAACAUAGCUUUUUUCAUGGGAUGCCAUCCUUUCAUUUGAAAAAUUAAAACUUAUGGAUUGACGAAUGAUUGUAUGUUGAUCAUUGGAAAAUUGAAAGAAUUAUAUAACGUACCGGAAACUGACAAAAAUUAUAAAUCACUAGCGAUAACACCACUAGAAAAAAUAUUCUUAUAUGAUCCAAACAGAAAGUGCGUAAUAUCUAUGUGUUAUUCACUAUACAAAACCAAACCCAUAGUUAAAUUGAAACAUAUGGUAUCCUGGGAGCUGGGUACACAAUAUGAGCUUGAGGAAUGGUUCAGUUUUUCUAAGGCAUUAAAAGGAAUUUCUCGUUGCACUGACCAUUUCGAAAAACACUACAAAAUUUUGUAUCGAUGGUACCUGACUCCGUCUAGAUUGCACAAUAUGAAUAACAUUUAUUCUGACCAGUGUUGGAGGGACUGUGGGGGUUUGGGAAAUAUGUCUCAUGUAUAGUGGUGUUGUCCCAAAAUAGCAAGAUACUGGUAAAUGAUUCACAAUUUUAUUGUUAAAGUGGAUAGAACUAUUGGUAUUUUAACUUCAGAGCUUGCAUUAUUCAAAAAAUCCCCUGAGUCCGUUAAUAGAACUGAUAGAAUAAUAAUAGGCCACAUCCUAAUUGCUGCUACUUCAUGCUUACAGAGGUAUUGGAAGUCUGCAAACACACCAUCACUUAGAGAAGUUCUGAACUUGAUACUAGAUAACAAAGCACACAAACUAUCACAUAGGAGCAAUACGUAUUCUUUUGCAAAACUAAAAUAUAUUUGGGAUAAAUGGGAAGAAGAAAUGUAAAACGUCUAUAGUUUAUAUUAAAAAAUUAAACAUAAACAAUACUACCGAGCAGAGAAUAAAAAAUAUAAACUCUGACCAGGAGGUCACAUAUUACAUCAAUGUAACAAUUUGAGUUUGCUACACUCAUAUUGUUACAGAUCAAUCUAGCAGUUACUGAUAGCCGAGACUAGUUUGUAUAUCUCUUCCCUUUUUUGGUAUUUGGAUUGGGAUUUUGCACUUUGUGUAUAGAGUUUGUGAGGUAGUGGUGUUUACAAUAAAGAUUAUUUUAUAUAUAUAUAUAUAUAUUACAUUGUGUUAUUAGUGGGAGGAUUUCUCCCGUUUAUAUGCGGGAGUUAUUCCUCCUACUAUUUCUCCUUUUUUUUUUUAUAUUAAAAAAUUAUUUAUUGUUUAAUUAUAUUAUUGUACAAUUUUUGUCAUAUACAUUAUUGUUUGUUAUUACAAUGGAUGGAUACCCCUUCCCACAUCCUCUCCUACCCCUAAUAUAAUGUUUGUGUAAUUUGUUGUAAAUUUUAUAAAACUUUAAUAAAAAUUAUUUUAAUAGAUUUAAUGCAUUUUUUUAAAAAAUUAUUUCUAGCCAAACGUCUUGAAACAUAUAAAGAAGAGGAUUCUGAUGAUGAGGACUCAAUAAGAAUGCAGAACUUUGCAUUGUAUAAUAUCAAUGAAGGAAACCAGUCCACAGUGAAACACAAAGGAACAAAAGCUUUAAGGCGAUGCCAUAGUGCACGACCAAAUAUUCAAGGACACUUUCGCAAAAAAUCUGAAGGACGUUUUGAUCUUUCUCAAGUGGCAUUCAGCAGUCCAAUUGUAAGUCUUUAUAUGAAAUAUAGCACAUUACAUUCUAAACUAUAUAAGAUGUUCCCAUAUAUUUGAAACUAGAAAUUUAGAAGACAGGGGAUGUAGCAAGUAUGGUUUUGUGAGUGUGUGCGUGCCUGUAAAAAUAUCUAUGAUGUUGUGCUAUCUUAUCUAUCUUUUUUAAAGAAAAAAAGAACAUUUAAAAUAGAAAAGAAUGUGUAAAGGGAAAGUAAACUGACAAUUGAUGGCACACUCACCUGUUUGAGCUCCUGGGCAAAGAUUUGCCACACCACCAGUGAAGUCAAAGGGGGAAAUCAUCCACUUUUACUGAAAUAUAAAAGAAAAAAAAGAAAAAAGAUAGGUAUUUAAAUAAAAAAGAAAGGAGAUAAGAUUAAGAGAAUGAGUAAGUUGGCAACUGAUGAACCAUUAACCUGUUUCAACCUUGGAUGAAGCCUUUUCACACCUUUAUCCCUUAGCCAGCAGUGGAUAUCAAGCGUGCAAAAGGAGUGCAGGCAUUGCCACACGGCGGAUGCAGCCAGAGGGAAAUCUUCCACUUUUUCAGAGAUUGAAAGGAAAAAAACAAAGAAAAAGACUGGUAUUUAAAUAGCUAAAAGGGUAGGAGAUUUGAUGAGCAGCAUUAAUGAGUGAGCUUGUGUUUCACCUCUAAGAAAAAGCAUUUGUAUACCUUCAGUUCUUAUUGUGAAGUGGACAUACAGUGUGCAAAAACAAUGCCUUAAUCAAAUUACCAGAAGCACUGGCAGAAGGUAGCAGUAGUUGGUACAUCAUCAUUGCAGUCAGGGGUGGGGCAUGGUGUCAAACCCUCUCCCUCUCUCUACCAACAACAAACAGAUCACUUCUACACCACUCUUAGGGUACAGGGUCUGUAACAAUUAAGCUGCCAUGGACUUAUGCAGUUAACACAUCUUGCUUUCCUUUGUAUUUUUGUACAUUCACUGCAGAGAACAAUUAAUGCAAUUAAUGUUGAAGUUUAAGAAAGUAUGUGUUUUUAAUGUGUGUGCAUUGUAUAUAUAAAAUACAGUUUUUCUUAGAGGUGUAUACCACAGAAGGCAAAAUCAACCAAUUAUAGACGUUCAGUGCAAAAAGUAUAAUUUAACAUUAUGUAUGCUGUUAAUACAAAGGACAUUUGUUUACAUUGGAGUCUUAUCUCCAAGGUUAACACAAAAUAAACAUUUCAGAAGCAGUUGCAAAAACUGCAGACAUAAAUAUGAUUUAAAAAUGUAGCUUUUAACCCCUGCAGACGUGGAAGGACCUAACUAGGGCAAAGGCUUAUUAACCCUUUAUUUACCUGUAUAUAUGACAAGUCCCCUUUUCUGGUCCCACAGGUGAAAGUGUUAGCCGAGGUAUAUCCAGAUGUACUAAUUACACCUGUGGGCCUUUAACUAUUUCUUCACCUCUAUUCCCUUUGGCUUCUUUCACCCACAAAAACCAUCCAUGGGGGGCCUGUCCAAAUAUAUAUAUAUAUACAGGAUAAUAUGUUAUUAAAUCCAUGUCUCAUUAUGCAUAUAUAUUUAUUUCUAUAGCUCUGUAUGUCUAGGGGAAAAUUUGCUAAGCAUUGCAUAGGUAAAACAAUUUAUUCUCCAUCAACCACCCACCAGCAACAUAGAAACAUCAGAGGACUGCAAACAGUGCCUGACAACAUUAUCCAAUGAAUUCAGACUUAAACCACAAAAUAUGUUUUCCUACUCGUAGUUCAAAGUUCCACCUUUAAAACACACCCAAUACGGUACACAAUGAAAUGGCAUUUCUCAUUUUAGGCAAACAAGUGUGAGUAUGCUAAUACCCAAAUAAAGCUGAUGUGCAAAAGAAAAUCUAAUAGGUGGCACCAGACACUAAUACAACAUCAAUUAAAUUACCAAUCAAUAUGCAUAUGGAUUCCACUUGCUAUUUCCACUUCGAUGAGAGUAUUCUCAUGGGAAAAAACAAACUAUUCAUAUAACUCAACACUUUUCAUCCUUCUAUCUCUGGACAUCCAUAGGACCUGUUUUCUAUCUAAAUGCUUUAUCUUCCUGUGCCUGCAUGGUCCUGAUUGUCUUGGCCCUGACUCCAAAUGACAUCACACAUUGUGAUGCCCGGGGUUGUUGCCCUCUCCAGCAUGAACUGCAGAACAACUUUAUUGAUUCUAUACAAAUCAACGCUCAAAUCCAUCAAAAGUCUUUAUGUUUGAGACUUAUGGCCAUGCCACAAUAGACCGCAAAUCUUUAUUGCCAACUAAAGUUAAUAUUAGUAUACUUUAUCACAAACUCAGGAGUGGAAACCAAGCAAAGGUCCGAAAUAUACUAAAUGUAUGUAAUUGUUAGUCUGUGACAGCAACCAAUGUAGCAAGUUGCCAUGAUAUAGAAUUACAUGGAAUAAUACAUCCAAUUUUAUAAAAAUAUACAUCAAUAAGACAAUAAAUAAAAUGUAUGAAAAAUGAUCUUUUAAAGCUAUGAAAAUAUCAUGAAUAUGAGAUCUGAAAAGACAGAAACAUAGUAUUAGCAAAACACAAACAAUGCUAACAAUACAUAAAAAAUGGAAGCAUAAAAAAAGAAAGGAAAAUUGGAGAAUAUCUAUAUUAUGCAUUAAAAGUAUCAAUCCAUAAAGGCUAAAAUAACCAAGUCUGUGUUUUAAAGGAUCACUAUAGGGUCAGGAACACAAACAUGUUAACACCACCAUCUAGCCCCCCUGUGUCCCUCAUGCCUCCAUAAAUAUAGCGAAAUCUUACUGUAUUCAAGCCAGAACUCUGCAUGCUGUUUACCUCAAAAAACAAACAAACAGGCAGUCUGCUGACAUCAUCAGAAGUGGUGGCCUGAUCAAAUCAUAGUGCUUCUCCAUAGGAUUGGCUGACAAAGAGGCAGAUCAGGGGCAGAGCCAGCAUGAUUCAAACACAGCCCUGGCCAAUCAGCAUCUCCUCACAGAGAUGAAAUUAAUCAAUGAAUCUCUAUGAGGAAAGUUCAGUGUCUGCAUGCAGAGGGAGGAGAUACUGAAUGUUUGGAUGCAUUUUAGGCAGCUAUUACCCAGGAAGGAUCUCUAACAGCUAUCUGAGGAGUGGCUAGUGAAGCUAUCAGUAGGCUGUAAUGUAAACACUGCAUUUUCUCUGAGCCUUCUUAGCCAAGGUUUUUUCGAUGUCUCCUCCUCUUCAAUGUAGAAUUACUCUAUCCCAAUCCAGAUAAAAUAGUUAAAAUUAAACUCUUUGCAAGGGUCUAGGCACACUGUGUUUGUUUCUAUUUAUAACACUGAAAUGUUCCAUUAAUCUGUCACACAAUCUCCUUUAGUCUUACCAAUACUAGUAUGUACUACUACUACUGUAUGCUGCAUUUACAUUGUAGUAAAUAAACAACAUUUUUGCUAGGUGUGUUAAUGAAAUGGUUAAUCUUAAAAGUUUCCCCUUUAUCAAAACAUUUAGUUUUUUUUCUUUAGGAAUCCUUAUCCACCCUAGACUUGUCUGAUUUAGCAGUUGGUAAUUAGCUUGGUACUAAAAUCAUUUUUAAAAUUUCAGUUUUCUUAUACUUUUUUUCUAGGUUUUUCAGGUAAAUCUUAUCCCAUUUUAAAAUAGGUCAAUGUUUAUUUAUAGGCCGUUUAACCCCUUAACGCCGCUACGACGUUCUAUGCCGUCCCCAUUUAAAUGGGCUUUAAAGCCGUUGCGGCGGUAUAGAUCGCCGUAACGGCUUGCAGCCCCAGGAGCCUCCAACUAUUCACCUCCGCCGCGAUCCUCUUCGGGAGGACUGCCUGACAGCCCAGGCAGCUCUCCCCUGGCAAAUCAGGCCCCCUGGGGCCAUUUGAUCACUCUAAAAUAAAAUAAAUAAAUAAACAUGUUUUAAAAUAAAAUAAAUGUGUGUAUAUAUAUAUAUAUAUAUAUAUAUAUAUAUAUUUUAAUGUUAAUAUAAGUAUAUAUAUAUUAGUAUUAAAAUACACUUAGAAUUAUGUUACAUAUAUAUAAGAUAUAUAUAUUAUAUAUAUAAUACAUCUAUAUAUAUAUUAUAUUUAUAUAUACACGUUUAAUUACAAUAAUAAAUAAAAUAAAUAAAAUAUUUAAAAAAAAAUUAAAACAAAUUGUAUAUACAUAUGUAAUUACAUUCUAAUUGUAUUUUGUUAUUAAUAUAUAUAUAUUGGUAACAAAAUACACUUAGAAUGACAUUCUAUACAGGGAGUGCAGAAUUAUUAGGCAAAUGAGUAUUUUGACCACAUCAUCCUCUUUAUGCAUGUUGUCUUACUCCAAGCUGUAUAGGCUCGAAAGCCUACUACCAAUUAAGCAUAUUAGGUGAUGUGCAUCUCUGUAAUGAGAAGGGGUGUGGUCUAAUGACAUCAACACCCUAUAUCAGGUGUGCAUAAUUAUUAGGCAAUUUCCUUUCCUUUGGCAAAAUGGGUCAAAAGAAGGACUUGACAGGCUCAGAAAAGUCAAAAAUAGUGAGAUAUCUUGCAGAGGGAUGCAGCACUCUUAAAAUUGCAAAGCUUCUGAAGCGUGAUCAUCGAACAAUCAAGCGUUUCAUUCAAAAUAGUCAACAGGGUCGCAAGAAGCGUGUGGAAAAACCAAGGCGCAAAAUAACUGCCCAUGAACUGAGAAAAGUCAAGCGUGCAGCUGCCACGAUGCCACUUGCCACCAGUUUGGCCAUAUUUCAGAGCUGCAACAUCACUGGAGUGCCCAAAAGCACAAGGUGUGCAAUACUCAGAGACAUGGCCAAGGUAAGAAAGGCUGAAAGACGACCACCACUGAACAAGACACACAAGCUGAAACGUCAAGACUGGGCCAAGAAAUAUCUCAAGACUGAUUUUUCUAAGGUUUUAUGGACUGAUGAAAUGAGAGUGAGUCUUGAUGGGCCAGAUGGAUGGGCCCGUGGCUGGAUUGGUAAAGGGCAGAGAGCUCCAGUCCGACUCAGGCGCCAGCAAGGUGGAGGUGGAGUACUGGUUUGGGCUGGUAUCAUCAAAGAUGAGCUUGUGGGGCCUUUUCGGGUUGAGGAUGGAGUCAAGCUCAACUCCCAGUCCUACUGCCAGUUCCUGGAAGACACCUUCUUCAAGCAGUGGUACAGGAAGAAGUCUGCAUCCUUCAAGAAAAACAUGAUUUUCAUGCAGGACAAUGCUCCAUCACACGCGUCCAAGUACUCCACAGCGUGGCUGGCAAGAAAGGGUAUAAAAGAAGAAAAUCUAAUGACAUGGCCUCCUUGUUCACCUGAUCUGAACCCCAUUGAGAACCUGUGGUCCAUCAUCAAAUGUGAGAUUUACAAGGAGGGAAAACAGUACACCUCUCUGAACAGUGUCUGGGAGGCUGUGGUUGCUGCUGCACGCAAUGUUGAUGGUGAACAGAUCAAAACACUGACAGAAUCCAUGGAUGGCAGGCUUUUGAGUGUCCUUGCAAAGAAAGGUGGCUAUAUUGGUCACUGAUUUGUUUUUGUUUUGUUUUUGAAUGUCAGAAAUGUAUAUUUGUGAAUGUUGAGAUGUUAUAUUGGUUUCACUGGUAAUAAUAAAUAAUUGAAAUGGGUAUAUAUUUGCUUUUUGUUAAGUUGCCUAAUAAUUAUGCACAGUAAUAGUCACCUGCACACACAGAUUUCCCCCUAACAUAGCUAAAACUAAAAACAAACUAUUAAUGAGUUUUUUGGGUUCAUUGAGAACAUGGUUGUUGUUCAAUAAUAAAAUUAAUCCUCAAAAAUACAACUUGCCUAAUAAUUCUGCACUCCCUGUAUAUAUCUAUCUAUAUAUAAAAUACAAAUAACCGCAAAUAUAUAUAUAUACACAUAAAUAUAUAUAAUUACAUAAAUAACUACAUAUGUGUACACGUAGACUUUAAAUACAUAUAUGUAUAUAUAUAUUAAAAUUCUACGUGUAUAUUUAAGUAAUCUUUUAGCAUAAUUAUAUGAUUUAAUUAAUUAAAAUUUGAUUGAAAUGCCUGACAACCCAUGCAGAAAGUGCAGAGAAUUUGAAUUGCAAGCACUCUAUUUAACCCUGUAACUUUCCAAGACACUAUAAAACCUGUACAUGGUGGGUACUGUUUUACUCAGUAGACUCCGCUGAACACAAAUAUUAGUGUUUUAAAACAGUAAAAUGUAUUACAAUGACGAUAUUGUCAGUGAAAGUGACAUUUUUUGCAUUUCUCACACACAUGGCACUUACACGGACGAUAUAAUUGUUGUGAUACAUUUUACUGUUUUGAAACACUAACAUUUGUGUUCAGCAAAGUCUCCCGAGUAUAACAGUACCCCUCAUGUACAGGUUUUAUGGUGUUUUCAAAAGUUACAGAGUCAGAUAUAAGGCUUGUGUUUCAUUUUUUUCACAUUGAAAUUCGCCAGGUUGGUUAUGUUGCCUUUGAGACCAUACGGUAGCCCAGGAAUGAAAAUUACCCCCAUGAUGGCAUACCAUUUGCAAUAGUAGACAACCCAAGGUAUUUCAAAUGGGGUAUGUUCAGUCUUUUUUAGUAGCCACUUAGUCACAAACACUGGCCAAAAUUGGCAUUCAAAUUAGUUUUUUGCAUUUUUCACACACAAACAAAUAUUAACACUAACUUUAGCCAGUGUUUAUGACUAAGUGGCUACUAAAAAAGACUGGACAUACCAUUUGCAAUACCUUGGGCUGUCUACUUUUGCAAAUGGUAUGUCAUCAUGGGGGUAAUUCUUAUUCCUGGGCUACCAUCCGGCCUCAAAGGCAACGGAACCAAUCUGGGGGUACUGUAGGGGGUACUGUUUUACAUGUGAGACCUCGCUGAAUACAAAUAUGUGUAUUUUUUUUCAAACUGACAAUUUUUAUUUUCAGAAGUCAAAUGGGGUACAGAAAGAAAAAAGGGGUUGGAGGGAUCACAUUUUCACAUAACUUGCAAUUUUGUCUUAUUAGUUAGUGGGUUAUGUCUCAUGCGGUGUUGCUUCGGCAUCCAAACGGUAGGGAUUAGGAGGAUGAUGUUAGGAACCUGUCAGGUCGCUCUGUUCGUAGACUAUUGUAUUGAUUACAAAUAUCUUCGUGAGGUUCUACGUAUCCCCCCAAAGCCCCCGUUCUGCCUCCUGCACUGGUUAAUCGCUAACCCCUCUUUUUCAUGUGGGUUAUGUUGCAAAUUCCGAUAUUGAGAUCCUUCAACUGGGAGAUAACAAGGGAAAAGGUGUAGGGAAAAAAGGAGGGGAGAGGUGCAUAUUGUAUUAUGAUGUGGCGCUCGGCUUCCUGUUGUAAUGGUGAGUAUUAAAGAUUGUGUAGUAGCGGUGCGGCUUUCUGGGGUCUAUGCCUUCACCGCGAUUAUAUCCGCCUCAGUCCAUUGCGGGGCCAGUGCGGGGGGUGUGGUUUCUAGAGCUCGUCGGGUUUGUCGUAAGAGUUCGGUCAGUGUGGGGUGGGGUGUCUGUACCCGGAACUGUUCCGUCUCUUAGGUCUACCCAGGGUGCCCAAUCUGUUUGGAAGUUUUUCCUUUGAGCAACAGUCUUGGCAGACAAGCUUUCAUAUGUGUAGUAUUGGUGGAUUUUGUCUAGCAGUUGGGUUUGGGAGGGACAGUGGGGUUGUUUCCACUGAGUUGCUAUCAGAUUUCUCGCUGCUAGGAUAACAAUGGCCAUUACACUUCGUACAGAUUUUGGGGUGGAGUGUGGGUAUGAUAGGAAUAUCCCCGUAUGUAUAUCGAUGGGCGGUGAUGUAAUACCCAUAGAUAGCAAAACAGUUUGUGCCUCCCUCCAUAGGGGUCUUAUACGUGGACACGUCCACCAUAUGUGAAGCAUUGUACCCUUAGCAACCCCGCAUCUCCAGCAAUGUGGGGAUACAUUGUUGUACAUUGAGUGGAGUCGCUGGGGUGUUAGGUACCAUCUAUAUACCAGCUUUUUAUGGGCCUCUGUGUGAGAGUAGCACUGCGUGAGGCCUGAAAGGGCUCGGGGGGAUGCCAGUAUCUCAGUGUCAGCUAUCGAACCUACGCCCUCCUCUAGCCAUUGGGUUACAUAGUUAGGGAUAGCCAUGGGUGUAGCCCUGAGGAUUAGCUGGUAGCAUAGGGAGAGUGACUUAGGUUUGGUCGGAGUUUUCCAGCACCUGUCGUAUAAUGAUGUUAUGUCCUUUAAGUCUGGGUCAAUGCACGGUGGACUCUGCGUAACAUGUGUGGGAAGUACACUUUUAAGUUGCAGGUAUGGAAACACUGAGGAAUUAGUGAGUUUGAAUUCCUCUUGUAGGUCUGGGAAGGGUUUAAUGAGACCUCCUUGCAGGACUUGUUCUAUGUGGGUAAUUCCCAGUUUGACCCAUGAGUGUAGCGAGAGCCAAGGUGAUAUUGCUUUUAGUGCUGUUAAUGGCGUGCGAGGGUGAAAUUUGUGAGUAUCGUAAUGUUUUUGACGCAGCUUGUCCCAGUGAUAUAUGGUUAGUUUAGUGGUCGGUAAGAGGGAUUUGUCCUUGGGCCGAUACGUCGCGGGGGUCCACAAGAGAUCGACCAAGGGUGUCUUACCAGCGUGGGCGACUUCCAUGUCCACCCAUUGGUACACUCCUUUAUGGGUAUGCAGUUUCACUGCUGCCUCUAGAAUAGCUGCUUUGUAGUAGGCGUGUACAUCUGGCAAACCAACUCCCCCUCUCGCUGUACUUUGUUGUAGGGUUCGGUGUGACAGUCUGGGUCUGUGAAAGUCCCACACGUAUUGGGAUAGUGUCCGUUGGAGUGUUUUAAAAAAGGAGGGUGGGACUUGUAUGUGUAGUAGGCGGAAUAUGUACAGUAUCUUCGGGAUUAGGACCAUUUUGAUGGUGUUGAUUCUACCUAGCCAGGAUAGUUUCACCAGUUUCCAUCUGGUACAUUCCGAUUUGCACAUCGUGAGAAUUAUAGUGAAAUAUGUGUUCCAUUGUGGGCGCUAUUUUAACCCCCAAGUAUGUGAUGUGGUCCGUUCUCCAGUCAAAUCUAUAUGUCCUAGAAAGCUCUAUGGUCGUGGCUCGCGGUAGGCCUACUGGCAGGGCUUGGGUUUUGGCUUGAUUUAAUUUAUAGUACGACAAUUUACCAUAUGUAUCUAAAAGUCGUAAUAGAGUGGGUAGAGAUGUUGUUACGUCGCGUAACGUCAGUAAGAUGUCGUCUGCGAACAUAGAUAGUUUGUAUUCACAUGGGCCUAUUGACAUGCCUUUGAUAUUAGGGUGGUGUCUGAUGAUGUAUGCCAGCGGUUCUAAGCAGAGGACAAACAGUAGUGGUGAGAGGGGGCAGCCCUGCCUGGUGCCGUUGGAAAUUGUAAAUGGGGUAGAUAAGAAACCUGCACUGCUCACUUGUGCUGAGGGGGCGUUAUAUAAUGCCAUGAUUCCAGAGAGGAUUGGUGGGGUAAAGCCGAAUGUUUGUAGGACUUUUCGCAUAUAGUCCCAGUUUAGUCUGUCGAAGGCCUUCUCCGCAUCUAACGCUAGGAGGAGGCCCUCGCCUUGGUUGGCUUGAGCGUGUGCUAGAAUAUUAAGGAUUUUCCGGGUAUUAUCUGAGCCUUGUCUCGUUUUCACAAAGCCAGAUUGGUCAUUGUGUGUGAGUUUUGGGAGAAUGUUGGAUAGGCGAUUUGCUAGUAGUUUGGCGUAGAGUUUAACAUCCCCGUUUACCAAAGGAAAUGGGCCUAAAGUUGGGGCAUUGCGUGGGUGAUUUCCCCGGCUUCGGGAGGGUGGAAAUGUGAGCUCUCAGCAUCUCAGGGGGUAGGGAGCCUUUUUCAAAGCAGUGAUUAAAUAGCAUAAGUAUGUGAGGUGAUAGGGUAGAUGCAAAUGUUUGAUAGUAGAGAUUGGUGUAGCCAUCGGGGCCGGGUGAUUUGUGUUUAGGCAGUUGUGCAAUCGUUUUCGUUAAUUCUUCUAUUGUGAAUGGUGCAGAUAAGGAGGCUAUGUCAUCCGGUGUCAGUUUGGGGAGGUUCGCUUUGGCUAAAAAAUCAGUGACAUUUGGUGCGUGGGGUGGUGUGGUGUCCAGGUCGUCUUUAAGGUUAUAGAGCGCCCCAUAGUAGGAAGCGAACGCAUCCACUAUGUCUUGUGGGUUCGUGAGUUUCCUUUUCGAUUUAUCUAUUAUGUAGGCUAUUCUAGAGUUGGCGGUGCGCGCUUUGAGUCGCGUUGCCAGUAGUGCCCCUGCUUUAUUACCUUGCUGAAAGAAGUUGUAUUUGAAGCGUUUGAGCAUUUGGGUCGUUUUCUUUAGUUCUAUUUCCCUGAGUUGCGACUGUAGCCUUAAGAGUCGGUGUUGUGUAGUUUGCGUGGGCGUUGUCUUGUUGUUGUGUGUGAGGUUUGCUAUCUCGGAGAUUAAUGCAUUGUAUUGUUUAAGUCGUUGCUUUUUGUCGUAGCUGCCCGCCCUAAUUAAGUGUCCACGUAUGACAGCUUUGUGUGCUUGCCAUAAGGUGGUUAUGUCUAUGUCUGGGGUAGAAUUUGUGUGGAAGUAUGAAAUGAUAUCUGCUUUCAGUUGUUCUGUGAGUGUCGGGUCUAGGAGUAGGGAGUCGUUAAGUCUCCAGGAUCCCUUGCCUGAGGUAGGGAACUGUUCUGUGAUGGUUAGCGUUAUAGGGGCAUGGUCUGACCAUGUUAUCAGGCCUAUGUGGGUUGAUAUAACUUUAUGUAUUGUCGUAGAGGGUAUAAGGAACCUAUCUAUCCUCGUAUAGGUGUUGUGUGCUGAUGAGUGAAAUGUGUAGUCCCAUUCCAAAGGGUGGAGGAUUCUCCAUGGGUCGAGGAAGUUGUUGUUUAAGAUUUGGCGACAAUGUGAGGCGGUGGACCUGUUAAGGUUGCGUGUGGAUGUUGCAGUUAGUUUGUGUGUUGAGGUGGUGUCUAGUGUGCUGUCCAGGAUGAAGUUAGUGUCACCACCGAUAAUGAGUUCCCCAUAUCUAUACAGGUUUGCUAGGGCGAACACGGUGUCCAGAAAUUCCGUCUGGUUCGUGUGCGGGCCGUAUAUGUUGAGAAACGUGUAAGGCUCAUUGUUAACGAGACACUGGAGUAGGAGAUAUCGUCCCUGUUUGUCCCCUACUUUUUUGACUAAGGUAAAUGCUACCGAUUUCCCUAUCAGUAUGGACACUCCUCUCUUUUUUGUCUUAAAGCACGAGUGAUAGUCGUGGGGGAAUAGUUUGGAACUGAGUUUGGGGCGAUGGCCCCAUUUGAAAUGCGUCUCCUGGAAGAACACGACAUGUGCGUUGUGGUUUUUUGCCUCUGCUAGUGCUAGCCGUCGUUUGUGCGGUGAAUUUAAACCUUUGACAUUUAAUGACAAUAUGUUGAGCGUCAUUUGUGCGUGUAGUAGUGGGCAGCUGAGUGUAAUUCUGUAUGGAGCACUUGUUCGUCGCGUCUUAGAGGGGCAUCGGUGGCAUUGUGGUUGUGUUUUGACCCCUGUUGCGUAGGUGUCUUUGAUUCCAUAUUGUUUGGGGUACAAAGAUAAUGCAGUGGGGUGGUGAGCUUCCCGGUUGUUAGGGAAAUAUCUGGUAUUUGGCUGAUGUACCUUGUGUGAUGGGACCUAUAAGGGUUAGUGGCAUGCCCCAACUGGUCGGUUAGUCUCGGAUGUGGUGUGUGGCGUAUUAUGCACCUAAGUUGAUACCCCAUCGGGGUAAGGGGCUUGGGAAGUAGGGGCGGGUGCCAGGAAAGAGUCUCGUGGUAGGAUAACAGGGUAACGAAAACUAUAUACAAGAAACCGUCAAAGCAAGAGCCAUGUGGCUGGGACGGUGUAAACAUGGCUCCUUUGAGCCUGAGGGGGGGGGGAAGUUGUGGCAAACCACGCCGUGGUCGACCCUCGGGGUUGUCAAAGAUCUAUGUCUGUCGUUAGGCCUCGUUUUCCUUGGCUCUGGUCUCUGCGCAGGUGGCCUGGCGUAGUAUCGAUGUCUAGUCGUGGGGGAAGUUAGGUGUUAUGGCAGUCUUGCCAAGUCAGUUGGUCCAUGUACCUUUUAGUACGGGGAGGUGAGUGGGGCUGUCCGGAAGUGCGUGAUGUAGCCCAUGCCCCUCUCUGUGGCAUCGCUGCGGCGGGGGGGCCCAAUACUUGGGGCCCCGCCAUCGCCACGAGGCCCAAGAGUUAAGGUUACCCCCCCAACCUCCCCUUCGACUUCCCAUGGCCCCCUACCGCCCAAAGAGGGACCGCGUACCUGAGAGAGAAAAUAAAAAUAGGUAAAUAAAUAAAUAGAUACAUAAAGGGAAAAAAAAGGAUAAAAGACUUGUGCGGUAAACAUUUGGUAGCCCUCAGGUGCGGCAGAGAGACCGGGCAGAAUAAAAAUUUUGAGAUUAAAAACUAAAAGUGAAGAGCCGAGAGAAAAGGGCAUGUGGGAGUUGUAUAUGAGAGGCGAGUAAAAUGGAGUGGAUAGAGUCUGCAUGUGGGGACAGUAGUGGGUCGGUCCCUUAGUAUUGAGGGAACAUACAGUCCCGCAGUGGGGGGAUUUAGGAGACCUUGUUUAUGGUUACUCCAUCAGUUAUUUGACAUUCCUCUCGGUGCAGGGAAACGCAUAGGGCCGCCUGUAGGUGCGCGUUGUGUACCGCGCCUCUUUCCCUUUACAUCGCAGCGAUGAGGGGGCCCAGUGCACGGGGCCCCGUCACCGCCACGAGGUCCAUAAAGCAGGCUCUUCUGCCAUCCGUUUUUCCCCCAUCCUCCCAUCUAGAGAAAACCUGGUAUGGUAAAUGUUUGGUGGCCUCCGAGCAUAGUAGGAAAAUGGAGGAGAAUAUAACUACAAGUCAGAGACUGCAAGAAAAGGUAUAAGAGCUCAACAUAACGGCAAACAAUUGGAAGUAUGCGGGUAAAGUCUUCACAUGGGGAGAGUGUCGGGCUAAUGUGCCCUAGUGUUAAGGGGAUAGGCAGCAUGUGCGGCUGUGGGAGAGUCACUUAGCUGAGGCUGCUGAGUUCCAUUCAGUCGGCACUUUCCAUGGGGGUCGCCGGCGUUCGAGUGGGGCAUCUCGGUCAGGUUGUGGGGGAAUGGGAAUGUUCCAUUCUGUAAGGAGUUUCUUCCCCUCUUCCACAGUAGUGAUAUGGCGAUCCACUCCAUUGCGCCGGAUAAUUAAACGGGCUGGGAAUCCCCAUCGGUAUAAGAUGUUCGCCCCCCGCAGGGUUCUGGUGAUGACAGCAAGGUCUCUCCUCUUUGACAGCGUGGAUGCGGAGAGGUCUGUGAAGAGCUGGACAUUCGCAAAUUUCACCGGUAAGUCUUGGGUGUGCCUAGAGGCUUUCAUUAUGCAGUCUUUCGUAGUGAAGUAAUGGAGUUUGGCAAUCGUGUCUCUCGGAAUCGCUGCGGGUAGAGAUUUCGGCUUUGGCAGCCUAUGGAUGCGGUCAAUGAGGAAGUCUUGUGGGGUGAGGUUUGGGACUAAGUGCUGGAAUAGACUCCUGGCAUAGGCCUGGAGGUCCUGGGGCAAAACCUCCUCUGGAAUACCACGGAGGCGGAUAUUGCUGCGCCUAUCUCGGUCUUCGUGAUCCGCUACCUUCGCUGUCAGGCGGUCCAGUUGGUCCCUCAUUUCAGUGUAGGCGUCAGCCAGAGUAUUAUGUGCUGAGAUUAUUUCAUCAGAUUUGUCUUCCAGGCGGGAGGUCCUGUCCCCCAAUGCCUGGAUGUCUGAAAUAUGUGUAUUUUAUUGCAGUAAAAGCAAACCGUAUUAUAACACAGUUAAAAUGUCAUGUAGAACUAAAAAAAAUAAAAAAAAAAUAAAAAAAUGUUUUCCCAUUUUUUUAUUUUGCUCAUAUUAAAUUAUGUUUCAUACCUAAAUAUUUGAUGUUAAAUGAAAGCCCUGUUUCCCCUGAAUAAAAUUAUAUAUAAUAAGUGUGGGUGCACAUAAUAUGAAAGAGGCGAAUUACUCCUGAACAGACAUAUAGCGCAAAUUCAAGUGUUUGUUUACGUUUUGUUUUGAUCACAACGUGUACAUUUGGCUCAGUCCUUAAGGGGUUAAAAGUCCUAUGUCAAAGAUACCAUCACAUCUUCCAUUUUCCGUCUUUUUAUAUUUUAAUAGUUCUUUCCUUUUUAAAUUCUCAAUUUAAUUUUUUGUUUCAGUUACAUAGUUACAUAGUUACAUAGCUGAAGUGAGACUUGCGUCCAUCAAGUUCAGCCUUCCUCACAUCUGUUUUUGCUGUUGAUCCAAAAGAAGGCAAAAAACCCAGUCUGAAGUACUUCCAAUUUUGCGAAAAAACUAGGAAAAAAAUCCUUCUUGACCCCAACAUGGCAGUCAGAUAUCUCCUUAGAUCAUGCCGCUAUAUACCCCAAUAAUUAGAAAUUAUAUCCCUGUAUGUUAUGUGUGGUGGCCACUCCGGGGCGGACUGGCCUACCGGGAUACCGGGAAAUUUCCCGGUGGGCCAUCGGCACCUGGGUCUGCUGGCGGCCGCAGGGGGAGGUUUGCUGGUGGCCGCUGGGGGAGGUCUGCUGGCGGCCGCUGGGGGAACUGUUCUGUCUCUGCUCCCCAGUGUGCAGCUUAAUUACGACAUAUUCUGGCCCCGAUCUCAUUAAGCUGCACACGAGGGCGGGGGAGCAAAGACAGAACAGCUCCCCCAGCGGCCGCCAGCAGACCUCCCCCAGCGGCCGCCAGCAGACCUCCCCCAGCGGCCGCCAGCAGACCUCCCCCUGCGGCCGCCAGCAGACCUCCCUCUGCAGCCAUCAGACCUCCUCAGCGGCUGCCAGCGGCUGCCAGCGGCUAUGCAGCCAUCAGAGCUCUAGCACACCCAGCCAGUCACCCACAGGUAAUAUGUGUCAUUCUGUCAGUGUGAGUGUAUGUGUGCGUGUCUGUGUCAUGGUGUGUCUGUGUGUGUGUCUGUGUCAUGGUGUGUGUGUCUGUGUGUAUUUAAAAAGUGUUUUUACUCACCUUUUUUUUUUUUUCUCCCCACGCCGUGCUGGUCUCCCCUCGACUGGCCCUUCCUCUAUGGCUGAGAUCAUCAAGCUCUGCCAUAGGAUUGGCUGCAAAGGCCCUAAAUGUAGGUGCUGCACACUGUGCAAUCACACUUUGCAGCACUGACACAGGAAGCACCUCUAGUGAAUGUCUGAGUGACUGUCACUAGAGGUGUCACCAGGAAACAAUGUAAACACUGCCAUUUCUCGGGAAAGUCACGGUUUACAUUGAAAAGCCUGCAGGGACAGGCUAUAGACACCAGAACCACUACAUUAAGCUGUGUGUGUGCCUGCUAGUGAGUGAGCUUGCUUGCGUGUGUGUAUCUGCUAGUGAGUGAGUGAACCUGUGUUUUUAUGCCAAUGAGCUUAUUUAUAUCAGUGACAUUGUUUGUCUAUGAGGCUGUGUAUCAAUGAGCUUGUGUGUGUGUGUCAGUGAGAUUGUCUGUGUCUGCAUGUGAGUAUGCUUAAUGUAUAAUUAAAUGUUUUACUCUGAAAGGACCAAUAUAUACAUAUUAGAAAAAGCAAUAUAUAUUAUAUAUAUAUAUAUAUAUAUAUAUAUAUUUUUUUUUUUUUUUUUACUCAACCAUCUGGGGUGGCAAGACAUUGCCUUACAUAUUACAUGGCAAUGACUUACAUAUUACACGGCAAUGACUUAUGGGGCUGGCAUAGAUUUUUUUUUUCAGGGCUGCUUUGUAUCCCCAGCUCGGCCCUGCGGACACUCAGCUUGGUACUCCAGUCUCACCCCCAGAGAUGUCCCCUCCCCUCUAGCAGUGAGUGAUGCUACAGUAAUCCCAAGCAGGCAUUUCCCAUAUCGACAAUCCGGAGCAGUAGAGAAGCGAUAAAGCAAUCCAAAGAGCAGUGGUAUGGCUGAUAUAGCUUUCUCCCACACACAUGAGACAAGGCUCUAUGCUGUGGAUGAACUGGUUUUAAUGGGAGCCACACACAGCCUUUUCUGUAACUCCCCAUGCAUGGGGUUUCCUAAAUUCCCUGCUGGACCCGAGAGGAGACUAAUUAAAUCUAAAUUGCAUUAUCUCUCAGGUUCACAACAUAUACAUGUAUUACAACCUAAAACAUACAUUUUACAAACAGGUACCCCCUCAACUCUUAUAUCCCCGGAUAGCCUGGAUCUGAGCACUCAACAUAUCACGAAAGCGCUCAGAUCUCACAAAUGCAGCCGAAACACCACUAAGUUAAAGUUUAGACCGACCGCACACGAGGCGUCUGCCCAAAAUAGUUCCAGGAAAUUAGGCUGAGCGGUCGGUCGCCUUCGGGGGUAUAAAAUACAGUAACAAUACCAAACGUAACUAUUCGUGCGUACACUGAUUCUGUGUUCCUCAUUCGGGAGUGUGCUCCCACUUAACGCCUUUUAGUUCUGAUGAUUUUAACCAAACAUAGAUUGAGGUUAAAGUUUCAGCGGUGUUCGGGUGGUCGAGUGUCCGAUUUUGUUCCAUACUAAGAUCGCCAUGUGUUCGCACAUACGAACAGCGACCACCCAGCCGACCGCUUAGAAUGUUGUGGUUAUUGCAGUUAAUGAGGUGAUGCCAUUCUAAGGCGCGGUAAUACAUUUUUGUGGGUUUCCUCAUUCCUGCAUGUUCCUGCUAAGGAGUAAGAUAAGGGUUCAUGCAUUUAGUCACCUUAUAGGGACCAGUGAGGUGACUUGUAAGUAAGGAAUCUGAGAUGGAUGUUUUUACUUGAAAGCAAAGCCCAAUCUCUUACAUGAUAUGUAGAAACAGCCUUGCAUUUUUUUAUCAGCAUGCCAUUUCUGGAGUUCACUAGUUCUCUUCAUGGUGAUCUGAGACUGUGCCCAAAUAAAAUAUACGUUCUCAAGAUUCUGGUAUAAUGCAGGCAUUCCUGCUCCUUUAAAUGCACUAGGAAGAACAAUGUCAUGGCACCAUUGACUGAUAAUGAAUGAAGUUGCUGGAUCACAGCAUGAUUUGGAUUGUUGUGGGAAAUGUUGCCCAGGACAGCAGGUUAGACUAAUUAUAUUGAUGGUCAGAAAUAAAGAAUUGGAGAUAUGGACUGACACGCUUAACUGCUCAAUUAGUAUGAGGAUUGUAAGCAGGACAAAAACAAUUCAAUACCCAUCUCAAAGUAAAAGUGUUUCUAAAAUCUAAACACAAAUUGACUGCCCUGGUCAGACACAAUAUUACAAAGUAACCAUGUAGCCUCUCUUCUCUCCUUUUCAGGAUCACAGAGUUUAUUGGAGGACAUUGGAGGGGUCAUCUAUCUUGAGCACCCUUGAUGUAGUCAAUUAAAGAUUAAUCAAGAGAUGAAUUGUUAAACAAACUGUUGCAAUAUGUAGUCAAUAGUUAUAAACUGUAGGAUAAAUGCUACUAUUUGGAAUAUAGCCUAAUUUGGAUAUUGAGAUAACUAUCAAAUACAUUUUGUAAAUAUAUAUACUUUCAUCUAUAAUGUUUAAUAACUUUUUACAAUAAUAUGUUUUAUGGGACAUUAGGUCUCUAAAUGUUGAAAUUUUUACAAAUGUAGAAUGGCAAAUAUUUGUUAUAGGAGAAAAUUUCUGAUUAGUAUUUUUUACCAGGAAAAAGAUGUGACCCCCGAUCAAAUGUUGUUGAAGAAAGUCAGAGAAGCAUCAGUUCAGAUUGAAGCCUUGUCUUCAGUUAAGGCUCAAAACAGCAAAAAGUCUUCAAAUUCUCCUUACAUUGAUUUCUUCCUUGCUUUAGCCAUUUGCAAUACAGUGGUAGUCUCCACAGCAACUGAACCAAGGCAGAGGGUAAGCCCACUUGAUGUAUUGCUUCUUAUCUUUUACAAACCAUCUGCUAACUUUAGAAUUAGAAAAAUUAACUUGAAUUUUUUUUUUAUGUUUGCCUUAACUGACACCUGUGUAUAGACAAAUGUUAUGGCUUUAACAAAACAAAACAAACAUAAUAAUAAGAGAGAGACCUUUUCAGAGGAAAAAUAUAUGUCCUCAAAGUAAACAUAUACUAAGAGGUAAAAUAAAAAUUUUAAUGGUAAUAGUAAAAUUGUAAAAAACAAUAAUCUAUUCUGCUUAACAUGAAUAGCAAGUAAGUAUAUCUUAGGACCAGGACUACAAUUGUAUCCAGUGGAAAGGUUACAAUGAACAAUAGCCUUAAGAAGUGCUGCAGACAAAUCAAACAGCUGAAGCAGCACAAAGAAGCUGCUGUUAUCAAACAAGAGAUAAGACCUAAAGAAUACAAUAAAAAAAGGAGGAAUAAAGUAAACCAACGAUUGGAAAAGCCUCAGGUAAGUAAUAAAUCAAAAGAAAAUGUAUGGCUAAAGCCUAUUAUACUCGUGCCUUGGAGGGCACCUAUCAUAAAUACAGAAAAAAACUAGAUAAAAGGAAAAUCAAACUUGCUAAACAGAACUUGAGAAUAGGUGAUUAAAAUCUAAAUAUAACACGGCAGUUCGUCAAAUGAUCUUUUCAUUUAGAUAUUUCAAAUGAAUAACCCAGGAAGGUAUGAUAGUUCUCAUAAGACAAAUACCACAGAGCCCCUGACGCGUGCGUUUCGCCAGAGUGGCUCAUCUGAAAUUCUCACUUAUGACAGCUAGUUAGAGAUGUAAAAUAUAUCAGACAAAGGUAUUGAUUUAAUUCUGGGUACCAAUAAAAGUUGAUCAUUGUUGUCCUUUUUCAGCAGAUUUUUUUUUAAAUUGCAUUUUGGUUGGAUGCAAUGCCAGCUGAAAUUCUGUAAGCCAAAAUUGAUCAGCUGACUGAAAUAAAUCCACAGAUAAAUGUGCAUUUAUCAGAAUUUUGUAAAUGAGUGUGUGCCUCUUUGUCCAUCCCCUUGGGGUGUCUUCCCCCUUCUGCAGUCCCAGCUUACCUCCUAUUAGAAUGCCUGUUUAGAACAAUGCCCCACUUCGGGUGGAAAAGCCUAAUGUUUUGAUUGAAGUUGGACAGGCUAAUGCAGAAGAUAACUUCUUUAAUAGCUGAGCUGCUCCUGAUGGAAUGGGCUAUAGUUUUUGAAACCACUUGAAAUUUUUUCGACACAAGCCAGGGAGAAUGCACCCAAGGUCUCUUUACCCCACUACAAUAAAACUGUAAAGGUGAUUGUGUGUUGAGUGUUCUUUUAAUGUUCUUUGUUUCUGUGUUCUUGAAGGUCACUGGCCCACCAAUGUUUAAACCAGCAGGAACAUCAUUAGACAAAUUCCAACAUCUGUUUCAAAGGCUAAGGUUUUUGACACUGAGUCAGUCAUCUACAUCCACUCAAUCAAACGCCGACCCUGAAACACAUUCAAAGUCAAAGAGCAAUAAAAUAAAGCCAACUUCAGGAUCUGACAUUGUGUCCAGUUCAAGCUGUGGUGAUGCUGAAUUAACAAACCUUGGGAAAAAAGAUGCUUCAAUAAGCCAGACCAGCAGUGACAACUGUAUAGAUGAAAUGUAUGCUAAUAUUUCUCCUUUUAAUAUAGAAGAUGAUUUUUGCUAUGAAGCAGAAAGUCCAGAUGAAGCUGCAUUGGUUCAUGCAGCCAGAGCUUAUAGUUUCACACUCAUGUCCCGUACUCCUGAACAUGUAACUAUAAGGCUUCCACAGGGCACACUUCUCACUUUUGAACUCCUUUAUACAUUGGGAUUUGAUUCAGUCCGAAAAAGAAUGUCAGUGGUAGUUCGUGAUCCAAUAACAAAAGAAAUCAUUGUAUACACUAAGGGAGCUGAUUCAGUGAUCAUGGAUUUAUUAGAUGACCCAUCAAAAGGUAUUCACCUAUGAACUGUAAUGUACUAGUUCGCUACAUGAUAUUUUAGAUUACUAUUAGUGCAUAAAAGACUAGACAAGACUUCAUAAAAUGGAUGAGUAUGCUCUGUUGAAUGUAACUAUUGAUUCUUGCUUGCUUUGUUAUUUAAAAAAAUAUGGAAGCAUGAGUUAUGAUAAUAAGUGCCUAUUAGUGUGCUGCAGUGGAAACAAACAACAAUACUAUUGCCUAGCUUAAUGGUUAGGCAAUCUUAGGUAUAAUUGCAAUGACAAUUCUGAAUUGUCAAAACUAAAUAAUUAAAUUUGUAUUAAAAAUUUUUUAAGUAAGAGAAGAUAUACCGGUAGUUUUAUAACGUUUGAUAGUUUUUCCUUCUAUUAAUGAAAAAUAAAGUACACCAGCAGCAUGUUCCUUCUUUUGUCUUGUUAUCUUUUAGAGUUGAACUCAAGACAAAUUUGGUAAUAAUUUUAACUGCAUGUUUUAGAGUGUUCUCACCUUUUUAUAUAUCUUUUAUAACACACAAUUACACCACUGCAUUCCAAUGGCAAUGGUACAUACCAAUACACUCCUACAUGCACACAAUUACUCUAUACAAAACAUGCUUACAUUCAAAUGCACAAACACUGCUCACAAAUACAACCCUGCAAGGAUCCCCACCUAGUAUAACAUUGUUGGAGUUGUAUGACAGAUAGGGAUUUAACUUUUCUCCACACUUGCACUAGAGGGGUCUAAAAAAAUUAGUUCUCCCAAUGCUCCUAGCAGGAGCUUCCUGCUGCAAGACAGGAGGAGCGUGGAGUCAGGAGGAGCCAGGUUAGCCUCAUUAGAAGUCAAACCAUCCUUAAAUGGUGCACUCCUGGCUCCUCCAGGCUUCACUCUACACCUGUCUGGCAGCAGGAAGCAGGAGUAUUACUUUAAUUAAUUGAACAUUUCAAGUGCAUUGAUUGGAAAGAGAUAGUGUUGUUAUAUUUUUAUUUCAUGGUGUAAUAUGCAUAUUCUUCUUUCAAAUGAUUAGUUAUUAGCAUUGUCCCAAGUUAAUACAUUUCCUACAUUUUCAUAUGUAAAAAGGUUACAUUUUCAGAAGCAAAACUGAACCAAAUAGUUAAUGAAGCAUAUUUUAUUUUUAAAAUGACUAUUAAUUUAAAUAAUAUUAUCUUACAGCUAAUAUAAUUGAAGAAAAGAGGUUGCGAAAGAUACAGGCAAGAACCCAGAGGCAUCUAGAUUGGUAUGCUAGAGAUGGGCUGAGAACACUUUGCAUAGCUAAAAAGGUGAAAAAAAAAUGAACUGAAACUUUUGUGUGACAAUCAGCAAAAUGAUAUAAUUUGUGAGCAAGGUUUCUGAUAGAUAGGAAAGUCAACUAUUGUUACAAAUAAUAGAAAGUGAUUGAUAUAUUUCACAUAGUGAUAGCAGUGAUUGAUAUAGUUCAUGUAGUACUUUAUGUCUGUUUUAUAAACGAAAGUGAUAAAUAGAAGAAUAAACAUAAUGCUGAUUUUAAAAUCAUCUUGUAUUUGCAUUUUGAGUUAAGAGCUUAACAAUUUCAUUACUAGAUGAGUACCUCAUAUGCUGGUUGAAUCAGGACUGUUUUAAUGCAUGGGCACGAUUGGCAGUUGGCACAAGCAUAGGGGCCCCAUAGGCUUGCCAACGUUUCAGUAUAUUAUUGGGAGAUUUAUUUAGAACCUUCAAAGCCACUUCAUUAAAAAAUGUAGGUGUACUAAUCACCUUACUAUCAGCUUUUAUUUGUACAUGUGAUACACUUAACAAAGUACACAUACAUAAACAAGACAAAAUCAAUAUACAUCAUUUUUUUUAAGCCUUAAAGUUAUAAUAAAGUUCUUCUAAUAUUUUUAACAGUCCAUGACAUCUCCCUCCUGCUGCUACCUUCUAAAUGUUGUGUGGAUUAAUCUCCAUGAGCGGCUGGUGGGGUCCCUAAGUGACAAUAAGGGGGGGAGUUAUUGCCCCCCAGGAUUCCCACCCAUGAGCAGCGGGUGGGGGCCCAAAGUGACAAUUGUCUCUCUGGGCGAUGAGGAUCAUCCCGUCGCUUACCACCAGUUGUUUUUACACUCUCAGCUUAAAUGAGUGAAACCGCCGUUUAGGUGAUCUUCCCCCUUUUGAGACACAGGCUCUGCUGCUGUAGACCGCCAAACUCCCGAACGGAGUGUAAGGGAUUACUUCAAACUCCUGAACAAAGAAUCAGCCAAACUCCUUCUCUCCUAGAAUAGGCGAAAUAACACUUCCAAGUAGCAAUCCCCCCAAACACGAGACCAAGCUCCGUCUUGAGGGUAAAACAGGAAUCUCCUUUAAUGAGGGCUACCUGCCCGGUAUUUAUGCAGGUCUCCCACCUGGUGGACACUCACCUAGGGUACCAGUUGGGAGACUGGGACACAUAAUGUACAGUAGCCAAUCACAGUGGCUCAACUAUAAACACUCCCCUUUGCACAAGUAAAUCCCUCCUCUCUAUCCUGGAGAUAAUUGGGAAGAAAUCCAAUUAUCUCCAGGGAUAGAGGCAAAUCACCAUUUUACAUAGUAUAAUAAAAACACAGAAAAAUCCAUAACUAUAAAACUACCGAAUGCUUUUAGUUUGUGUAACGUAUCCCCAGAUAGCCUGGGUCUGGGCACACAUAACUACUGAAUAGCGCUCAGACCCAAUGCACACAGUUCAAUCGCCAAGGAGUCAAAGUCUUUCACAUUGCUCUUUCGGUAUACGAUUGACUCCAUGGGAUGACCAUCUGGGUUAAGUCCAUUCGUGUAAUAAAAGUCCCGAACUGACCAGCGUUCGCAUGCCCGGGGAUAAGAAGGGCGGUCGGCAGUUUCAGCGGUGUUCAGUAGAAAAAGUGUCAGUUUUUAGUUCCAUAGUUUGAGUGCCGAACACCGCUGUGCAUUCGCGUGUUUAAAAUGGCCGCCACCUCGUGGUUGACAUGCGAACGACGACCACCCUGCAUACAGUUCUAAUCAAGAGGUGUCUGCGGUUAACCACAAUGUUCUUCAUAAUUCAUUUUCUGCACUUUCAGAGUGUAAUGGUGUUGUGGAGAGAGGCACUGAGGCUAGUGGUGUUGUGGAGAGAGGCACUGAGGCUAGUGGUGUUGUGGAUAGAGGCACUAAGACUAGUGGUGUUGCAGAGAGAGGCACUGAGGCUAGUGGUGUUGUGGAGAGAGGCACUGAGGCUAGUGGUGUUGUGAGGAGAGGCACUGAGGCUAGUGGUGUUGUGAGGAGAGGCACUGAGGCUAGUGGUGUUGUGGAGAGAGGCACUGAGGCUAGUGGUGUUGUGGAGAGAGGCACUGAGGCUAGUGGUGUUGUGGAGAGAGGCACUGAGACUAGUGGUGUUGUGGAGACCGGCUUGGAGACUAUGGUGAGGCCUAAUAGAAAGCAGUUGUUGUUGGGUGAUUCCAUUAUAAGAGGUGUGGAGAUGGACAAUGGUGGUCUUGUGAGGUGUCUUCCCGGAGCUACUGCUCACAGAGACAGGAGACGUAUCUGUAAUAUUGUUAAGCAAGCAAAGCAGGAAGGGGAAUUGGAUGUACUUGUCCAUCUAGGGACAAAUGACUUGGCUUGCAAUGAGGUUUCAGAGGUUAAGGAAGUUUUUAGUGUUUUGCCAAUGAUAUACGGCAGGUUGCUUCCACACUGUCAUUCUCUGAAGUUCUGCCUGUGCAUAACACUCAGAACGACAGGCGGAUGCGUAUUAGGGACUUUAAUUUGUGGCUUGGUGAAUGGUGUCGGGAGCAAGGAUUUGGCUUUAUUUCUCAUGGUAGCUCUGUUUGGAAUGGAGAUAAGCUGUACAAAAAAGAUGGUUUGCAUCUUUCUCAAAAGGGAACAAAUGUUCUCAGUGAGCAGUUCAGAGGUUUUGCUAGGAUGUAUUUAAACUAGGAGGGGGGGGCAAAAGGGUGAUAAAACAUCAAUCCAAUUGUCCCCAAAACAAGGACAGAAGGUGCCUGUAGCAAGUGUGUUAAAAAAUGAUAAGCUAAGAGUCAUGUCUACAAAUGCUCGCAGUUUAGGGAAUAAGAUCCAUGAACUUGUGGCAAUAAUGGCAACUGAUAGUGUAGAUUUAGUCGCUGUUACUGAGACAUGGUACAAUGAGAAAAAUGACUGGGACAUAGCCAUACCAGGGUACUCUUUAUAUAGGAAAGAUAGGGAAGGCAAGAAAGGGGGAGGGGUGGCCUUGUAUGUGAAGGAUAGCAUAAAAUCUAGCCUAAUAAAAGUUAGUGAGGCAAACAUAGAGUCCGUUUGGGCUACGUUAGAAUUUGGUAAUCACACAGUAACUCGUGUAGGUGUGAUUUAUAGGCCCCCAGGACAAAUUGAAGAUUUAGAUAAUCUACUAGUUGAGGAAAUAGCUAAAAUGACAAUGAAGGGGAAGUUAUCAUCAUGGGUGACUUUAAUCUUCCUGAUGUAAAUUGGAAAACAAAAUUAGCUACUUGUGCCAGGAGCACACAUAUUCUAAACUCCCUACUGGGAUUGUCUCUAAAACAAGUUGUUGAGGAGCCAACUCGUAAAGAGGCCAUACUAGAUUUAGUGUUAACAAAUGGAGAUUUGGUAUCAGAUGUUACUGUAGGUGAAAGUUUAGGAUCCAGUGAUCAUCAGUCAGUGUGGUUUAAUAUAAGAACAGUGACUGAGUCACACCACACAAAAACAAAAGUUUUAGACUUUAGAAAAACAGACUUUUCUAAAAUUAGAAUAUGGGUAGAGGAGUCAUUAUCAGACUGGAGCAAUUUAAAUGGAGUCCAAGAGAAAUGGGAUUAUUUAAAAGUUGCACUAUUGAAGGCAACAGAAAAUUGCAUUAGGCUUGUCAGUAAAAGCAAAAAAUUCAAGAAACCACUGUGGUACUCCGCAGAUGUGGCCAAAAUAGUUAAAAACAAAAAGUUAGCAUUUAGGAAUUAUAAAAAAACCCAGAGUGAGGAAGACAAAAUGAUCUAUAAGAUUAGGCAGAAAGAGGCUAAGCAAGUUAUAAGAGCUUCCAAAUCACACACAGAAGAGAAAAUAGCACAGUCAGUAAAAAAGGGGAUAAAACAUUUUUUAGAUACAUAAAUGAGAAAAGAAAAGUAAAACAAGGAUUAGUUAGAUUAAAAACAAAAGAAGGAAGGUAUGUAGAAGAGGAUAAAGGUCAGGCUGACUGCCUCAAUGAAUAUUUUGUUCUGUAUUUACAGAAGAAAAUGAAGGAAAGGGACCUCAGUUGAGAAAAAGGAUAAAUGAGUCAUUUAUUACACGUGAGUUUACAGAGGAAGAGGUUCUAUUUCAACUGUCAAAAGUAAGACAAAUAAGUCAAUGGGACCUGAUGGAAUACACCCAAAGCUAUUAAAAGAGCUUAGUGGUGUACUAGCAAAACCAUUAACAGAUUUAUUUAACCAAUCGUUGUUAACAGGAGUAGUCCCAGAAGAUUGGAAGUUAGCGAAUGUUGUGCCCAUUUACAAGAAAGGUAAUAGGGAGGAGUCGGGCAACUAUAGGCCAGUAAGCCUUAUUUCAGUAGUGGGGAAAGUGAUGGAAACCAUGUUAAAGGAUAGGAUUGAUGAACAUCUAAAACACAUGGAUUUCAAGAUCAGAGACAACAUGGGUUUACUUCAGGGAGAUCAUGCCAAACUAAUCUUAUUGAUUUUUUUGAUUGGGUAACUAAAAUUAUAGAUCAGGGUGGUGCAGUAGACAUUUGCUUACCUAGAUUUCAGUAAGGCUUUUGACACUGUUGCACAUAGAAGGCUUAUCAAUAAACUGCAAUAUUUAAGUUUGGAUUCCAAUAUUGUUGAAUGGGUAAGACAGUGGCUGAGUGACAGGCAACAGAGGGUUGUAGUUAAUGGAAUAUAUUCGAAGCUUGGACUUGUCACCAUUGGGGUACCUCAGGGAUCUGUACUUGGACCCAUUCUCUUUAAUAUUUUUAUUAGUGAUAUUGCAGAAGGUCUUGAUGGUAAGGUAUGUCUUUUUGCUGAUACUAAGAUAUGUAACAGGGUUGAUGUUCCAGGAGGGAUAAGCCAAAUGACAAAUGAUUUAGGUAAACUAGAAAAAUGGUCAGAAUUGUGGCAGCUGACAUUUAAUGUGGAUAAGUGCAAGAUAAUGCAUCUUGGACGUAAAAACCCAAGGGCAGAGUACAGAAUAUUUGAUAGUAUCCUAACCUCAACAUCCGAGGAAAGGGAUUUAGGGGUGAUUAUUUCUGAUGACUUAAAGGUAGGCAGACAAUGUAAUAGAGCAGCAGGAAAUGCUAGCGGAAUGCUUGGUUGUAUAGGGAGAGGUAUUAGCAGUAGAAAGAGGGAAGUGCUCAUGCCAUUGUACAGAACACUGGUGAGACCUCACUUGGGGUAUUGUACACAGUACUGGAGACCGUAUCUUCAGAAGGAUAUUGAUACCUUAGAGAGGGUUCAGAGAAGGGCUACUAAACUGGUUCAUGGAUUGCGGGAUAAAACUUACCAGGAAAGGUUAAAGGGUCUUAACAUGUAUAGCUUGGAGGAAAGACGAGACAGGGGGGAUAUGAUAGAAACAUUUAAAUAUAUAAAGGGAAUCAACACAGUAAAGAGGAGACUAUAUUUAAAAGAAGAAAAACUACCACAACAAGAGGACAUAGUCUUAAAUUAGAGGGACAAAGGUUUAAAAAAUAAUAUCAGGAAGUAUUACUUUACUGAGAGGGUAGUGGAUGCAUGGAAUAGCCUUCCAGCUGAAGUGGUAGAGGUUAACACAGUGAAGGAGUUUAAGCAUGCAUGGGAUAGGCAUAAGGCUAUCUAACUAUAAGAUAAGGCUAGGGACUAAUGAAAGUAUUUAGAAAAUUGGGCAGACUAGAUGGGCCGAAUGGUUCUUAUCUGCCGUCACAUUCUAUGUUUCUAUGUUUCUAUGUUUCUAUGUUUCUAUGUUUCUAAUUGAGGCCAAUAGGUUAACCAGCAGCACACUUCUCCUCUGGGUGGCCGUCUGUUCGGUAGUUUUAUUCGGUAUAAUCUGAAAUAGAUGAACAGGCAGGUAAUUCCACAAAAGUAUAACAAUUAGGCGAACCAGCAGAUAGAACUUAGACAGAUGGAUCUGUCACAGCUAUCCUUAUGAAAACAAAUGGAUCCAGAAAUUGUGGAAACAAUUUGUUCAGAAAACUUUUUUCCCAGUAAUUUUGGAUGCAGCCGAAUUUUGAAGUUUCCAAAUUCAGAAAUAUGGACAAAAUUAAUUAGUCCAAAAAUGAAUCCACAUGUCUAGUUCUACAGUGUUCCCUGGGAUUUGAGAGAAGGUGACUACAAAGAGAGGCAAUUUGUUUGAAUUGCAUCCUAUAAUUUUCCUUGCUCAACCAAAAUAAGACAGGGUUAUUCCCAAAGAGUGAGAAAUUCAAGGUAAAUUGAAAGUUAAUUUAAAUUUUAAGACCAAAAUAGCCAAACUGGAACUCUACCUGACUUUCAUCCAGUUUUAGCCUUAAAUUUGAAAUUCACUUUCAAUUUACUUUGAAUUUGUGACAGUUCUCACUAAAGUGAAUAAAGCUGUAAAUGGUACCCCUAAACUUGUAGGUUAUGAUUUUUAUGAGUUGUUAUGUUUUAGUCAGACUCUCCACUGUCCAAAUACAACAACACCAACAUCAACAAUAAUAAAUCCCAAUUAAAACAUAUUUCCAAUGAAAACAUGCACGCAUUUAAUUUCAUUGGGGGUAAAUCUAAAAACAGCUUGCAAAAUCUGCAGAUCUAAACGUUUGCAAGCACAUCCCUUCUCCACCAGCCCAAAUUUUCUGUGGCUGUCCAAUCACAGACUUCCCAAUGCAUCUCAAUGGAACGUUUUAGCAAGGCAGGUUCUUUUGGCUCUCGCCUGCCUCUGGAGUAUAGCUACACAGGGGAUAAACAAUCAGGAAGCAACAGGACUGGUUGUCUGAUUGAUAGCCAGAGGAGUAUAACAAAAUGUAUUUAUAAAAGUGCCAAUUUCAAUUUAAAUUUACACUUUUUCUACAAUGAACAAAUGAGGACACACUCUUCAUACAUGAAACACUUCAGCAUCCUCAAGUUCUCUAGUAGUCUGGAGUAGCCCUUCAAGUAGGCAAAAUACGCACAUCAAAUGUUAAUGCAAUUGCUCUUUUUAAGAGUUGCUUCUUCCUUUAGUUGUAUUUACAAAAAAAUUCAACUUCUCAAGUUUCUGUACUAAUCUGUAUGAAUUCGGAUGUAUAUUAACAUAUAUUUAUAUAAUUACACCACCAUGUAUAUCAUCUAAAUAUAUAGAUUUUAAGUGAAGAGGAAUUUAAACGUUGGUCAAGUUUCCGUACAGAAGCUGAAGCUGCAAUUGAGAACAGAGAAGAGCUGCUCAUGGAGACUGCACAGCACCUGGAAAAGAACCUUUGUCUAAUAGGUUGGUUACAAGUCAAUGUAAGGUUGUGCAAAUAUCCAUCAAUACCCACCUUCUUCUAGCACCCCUCCACCCCACUACAUUAUGUGUGGGGUUUGCUGCAUGUAAUUGUUUGGGGACUGACCGAGUGUCAUUCUCUGAUGACAUGCUGAGUGAGAUUGUGUGGGGGCUUUUGUGGGGUACCAAGACUGCUUUUAGUGGUUGUCCAUCGACUUUUUGGUCUCCUAACUGACGCUGGAUGUUCUCACACUCUGCAUAAGGAUAUCCAGCAUUAGUAAAAUCCCCAUAGGAAACUAUGGAAGCAAUGUUUUUUUUCUAUAGGCAGGGGCUGUGAGGAUAUUUAUGGGGUAAUAAAUAUUAAAAAUAUUUUAUCAAAAUUAUCAAAAAUUUAUUUAACAAUUUCUAUUAAUAUCAAAAAUUAAUAUUUUGGGACUGUUUCCUCUUGAUAGAUUUAAAGCAAAGAGUUACCCAUUAUUUUAACUCUUAUAGACCCUGUACGUUUAUUAGAGGAUUUGUAGUUCACACAUUAAUCACAACUGAUUAUAAAAAUAUAAUUUAUUGUGACAAAUAAUUAAUAAAAAUAAUAAGUAACAUGCAUGACAAUAUGAGUGAAUAUUUAGGUAUAACAAUAAGUAUAAGAUAUAGCAACAGUUAUGACACAAUAACCAUAAUUAAAGAUAGCUUAAUAGCAACAUAUCGAGCAACAUAAGUAGAUUAAUUUCUAAAGGAGUUACAUGCAAGUUACAAAUAAUUCCUCUAGAAUUUAAUUAACAGUUAUUCAACAAUGUUGAACUUUGGACCCAGGACAUACUUGAAAAUGAGAGAAAUCUCAAUGUAUCUUUCCUGGUAAAAUAUUUUAUAAAUAAAUAAAUAAUGUUAUAGGAAACCUUUCAGCUUUUAAAAUUCCUUUACACAGAAUGUAACAGAGCUUUGCAGCUUCAAGUCGUAAAAACCUUAAAUGCUGUCAGCUGUCAGGCUACAAUUUUCACAGGCUAAACAUUUGAAUAUCGCAAUUAAAAGAUAGUGUUUCUCGCACAAAUAGUCAAUUUAACCAUUUUCUUUUCACAUCCAGUAACCAAAAGAAUAAUUUUAACAAAGUUUUUAACACUGCAGAUGAUCAGUUUACUGUUUAGAUUAAGAUUAACUAUUCCUAAAACUCAUAUAGGUCAAUCUCUCUGGAUAAAAGCUUGAUAUGGUAAAUUUGGUAAUUUACCAGUAAAUAUAUUAUUCUUUUAUUCCAUCUGCAGAUAUGUAAUAUGUAAUUAUAUAUUUCUCAGCUACUUAUGAUUUCAAAAGUUUAAAAUAUGCUCAGCAUUAUCAAGGUAUAUUUUAGCUUAUAUUAAAAAUGAAAGAAUUUAAAUUAAAUUAAACCAGCAUAUUUACCAGCUUUCUAGGUAGAAAAGGCUUGGAGAUAUAAUCCCGUGAUGGUGCAUGCAAGUAGAAAGUGUUUGGAUAGAAAAGUGUAGAAUUAUAAAGAUAGUUCUGACUAGCAAAUAAUUUUUAACUAAGUCCCAGAAAUUCAGUUGGAAAAGACAGAGUGUUAAGUGUUUCUUGUCCGGUCUCAUCUGAUGAUCUAACAUCCAACACUCUGGAUCUGACCCUGGAUCUCUCUUUCCUUUUUCGAUCUCCUUUGUUCACAAUUUUUAAAAAAAUUCUUAUUUAAAGUUUCUUUACAUCACUAAUUUUAAAUGACCAAUGGGUUAGGUAGGUGUAUCUUCUUUUACUGAUUGUCUUAUAGACUUUGAUCAAUAAAUGGAGUUGUAGCAUCACAAAAAUUUCUCAUUACGAAUUCAAACUACCACUUUGUCUAAGGGGUUAAUUUAAUUUUGUGACACAUCAAUCAAGCUAGCUGUCAAACUUCAAGAGAUUUUGUGAGACUUGCAAUCUCGUUUUCAGGCUAUAAAGUAUAUUUUUGAGGCAUUUGGACUUUGGUUCAACUCUCUCUUACAAUGGGUUCUUGUAGGAAUCCCAUUAAAUUUAAAAAGUAAAGUUAAAUAUUUAGAAAAUAUCUCUUCUUGAUAAUUCUGUGUUAAAUGUUAUUUGUAUACAUGUCUUUUACACACAUUCAGCUAAAAUUAGUCUAAUAAUAUUGAAAUUUAUUCAUUAGGAUUCUAUCUUAAUGAAUACAUUUCUAUGAAUAUUCAAUAUUAUUAACAUGGUACUAUUUUUAUAUGAUUAGAUAUAAUUAUAUGGUUAGUAUAAUAUGAAAUUAAAUUUGAAUGCUCACUUAAAUGAAUAACCCUGGUAAUAUCAGCUUAAAAUGCAUAAUAAUUGUGUACUUUUCACAAUUGUAAGGUAGUCAUUAUGGAAAUUAAAAGAACACUGCAGGCACCACAACCACUACAACAAAUUUGCUAGAGAUUUGUGGUCCUAAGCAGCCUACCCAUCCUCCAAUUUUGAAAUGUCAGAGGUAUAGCUAGGCUGCGGUCAAUCACUUUCACAAUCCCUGGUAUUAAUUGGUAUUGCUUCAGGCUACCAGGAGCCACACAAUCUUUACUCAAUUAUGAAUUAACUGAUUACUAGUAAUGUGCAAUACAGCAUGCAUGUACUAAAGACACCCAUGAUCACUUUAAUAUGUUAAAGUAGUGAUAGUGCCUAUAGUGUUAUUUUAUGGAUCCUUUUUUAUGGAUUCUUAACCCCUCAAGGACCAAACUUCUGGAAUAAAAGGGAAUCAUGACAUGUCAGACAUGUCAUGUGUCCUUAAGGGGUUAAACAAACAUUGAAUAGUUAAUAGAACUUUAUUAGACAAAAAAAAUUGUGAAAGAAAAGGUGGACUGCUUAAGUAUUUAUAAACAACAUAAUUAGAAUUACCAUAUAUAUCAAAUAUAAUGGGGUUUUCAACACCCAAACAUAGAUACAUGAGAGACAGAAAAGAAACUAAUACUAGUGCAACAAAUCUGAAUACUUCUUCAAUAUAUGGAUAAAUACCAGCUCCCUUGGAACACAGAAAAUAAAUUCUGGUUUUUUUUCUGAAGUUGUUAUGUUGCUUAGUGAUAUUGAGCCUCCUUUCCAAGCUCUAGAUUUAUUAGUGCUAUAGAUGUAUUUGUGCCACAAGGGGUGACACUGCCUCUUUAGCAGCAAGACAAAAUCAUCUUACAGGUAUCAGACUUUUUUUUUAGUUAAAUGAAAUACGAAAAUAAAAAAACAAAUACCAAAGCCACUCAGUGUUCAUCCAAGUUUUUGAUCCCAGGCUUUUUAUUCAGUAUUUGCUUAUCUUCCGGAAUGAUCCUUUAAAAUUAUCCUUUAAAAGUUGGUCGGUGUGAGUGUAUUGACAAAAGAAAAGGGAGAAAAGGGUGGGAGGAUUUGGAGUAUUAGAUAAUCCAAAAUAUAGAGUAGUGGAAAUAUGAUUGUUCAUCAAUUUAGCAUCUGAUUUCUGAUUUCUAGAGAUCUGAUUUCAUAUAACUUUUACUCAAUAUAAAUAAAAGGGUAAUAUGCACCUAUGCAAUACCAAACAUACCUAAGACCCAAGUGACACCACCGUCUAAACAUCAAUCUCACAGAAACCUCCAAUGUCUUGACCUAGAGCAUUUCUCCAUCAAUCUCCAACCUCCUUUUACCUAUCUCAAACCUCACCUGCCCUAGCCCCGCAACCUCCUUCUAUAAUUCCACCCUCUCCUCUCAACUAGACAUCAUGGCACCUCCUACAUUUAAAUGCAGCAGGGGCCCCCAACAACAACCUUGGGACACCAAGCUGACUCGAUACCUCAAAAAAUGCUCCAGAAUUGCUGACCGCUGUUGGAGAAAAUCUCACCAUGCAUUUGACUUUCUCCACUAUAAAUGUAUGCUGCGCUCAUGCAGCUUGGCUCUUUCCUUUGCAAAAGUAAAUUACUUCAAUACGCUCAUUACCACACUCUCCUGCGGAUCCAAAUGACUAUUUCUUUUUUUUUUUCAGCCAAAUGACUAUUUCACACAUUUAACUCUCUUCUUCACCCUAUUGUUCCUCCUCCACCUACUAACUUGACCACCUCAGAAUUUGCAGCUCACUUAACUGACAAGAUCUCUACAAUCAGGGAAGAGAUCUCUCAUCUUUCUUUUUCCCCUUACAAUACUUCCCCUGACCACCUGCUCUGCUCCAGUCCUCCCGCCCCACCACCUGCUCCCUAGAUCCAAUUCCCUCACAUCUCAUCCGUACUCUGUCUUCUUCUCUUUCUCCACCUCUCACUAAAAUUCUCUAUCUCUCUCUCUCUCAUGCCAUAUUUCGAUUGCCCUUCAAACAUGCAACUGUAACCCCAAUUCUAAUGAAGCCCAACUUUGACCCUAACUCCCCGUCCAACUACCGUCCUAUUUUGCAUCCAAUAUCCUUGAAAGAGUUGUAUGCAAGAUUGACAGACUUCCUUGAGUCUAACUCUCUGCUACACCCGCUUCAGUCUGGUUUCUGCGCUAAGCACUCUGUGAAAACGGCACUGACCAAAGUAUCCAAUGAUCUACUCGCUGCAAAAUCUCAUGGUCACUACUCCAUCCUAAUUCUCUUUGACCUCUUUGCGGCUUUUGACACUGUUGAUCAUCAACAGCUUCUUCUCAUCCUCUGCAAUAUUGGUCUACAAGAUAGUGCUCUCUCCUGAUGCUCCUCCUACCUCUCCCAGUGCUCACACUAACACAAACAUAUACAACACCCAGUGUAACACUCAUAGGAAGAAACAUAUAUAUACUUCCCAGUAGUCACUUUCAGUAGUUAAAACAUGGCAUCUCCCAUAGAAUCUAAAAUAAACAAAUGUAACCAAAAAAAAGAGAAAUUUAGCCAAUCUAGAUAAAGAAAUUAAUGAAAUUCAACAAAAACUUAUAGGGGGCUGUACGGAGAUUGAAAGCUCAUUAAAGGAUGUUAACGAACAGGUAGAAAAAGUAGUGUUGUUGUGGGUUCACAUUCAGGUAUUUUUGGAAUCUAAUACCCCGUGCAUUGACAAGUGGUCAUAUGAAUAUAUGUUUGUAUUUGUAUUCACUUAGGGGCAACGGGCAUAGAAGAUCGUCUUCAGGAUGGAGUACCAGAUACCAUUGCUGCCUUAAGAGAAGCUGGCAUAAACAUUUGGGUGCUGACUGGAGAUAAACAGGAAACUGCAAUUAACAUUGCAUAUUCAUGUCAACUAUUAGACCAAAGUGAUACCGUGUUUACAAUCAAUACCGAGAGCAAGGUUUGUUAA